CUUUGUUAUAGGCGGGAGCCUUAGAUGAUAUACGGUAAACCUGCGAGCCUUCCAUCGGCCCGCCAUGGGCGUCAGAGGGCCGGAUGUUUACAAGGCGCCACUUCCGCGCCAGCAACAGCGUCUCUAUGGUAGGCGGCGAUGACCGCCGAGAGGCCCCCGUGCGCCUGCGCGAGCCGGGCCCCCUUAGGCCGCUCCUGCCGCCACCGUCACCGUAGUCGGCUGCGUUGAGCGGGACCGGCUGGUGGAGCCGAGGAGCGCAGCAGCAGCAGCAGCCGCCGGCGCCCCGCCCCGUCGGUCCCUGUGCGCCACCGUGAGGGGCCGGGCCGCCGCCUCCUCCUCCUCCCCCUGCCCUUCCCCGCUCCCCUUCCCCGCUCCCAGCCGCGCCGCUGGCUCCCCGGGGGUUCUGCGUCGGCAAAUGGUUGGGCCGGAGGAUGCCGGAGCUCAGGGCGGCGCAUCCUUGCUUCCCUCGGGCCGGGAGAAGGAGGAGGCGGCGUCGCCGGAGGAGGAGGCGAAGGGCGGCAGCGGCGACGACGACGACGCGGAAGCGGACGGCAGCCGAGAGGGCCCCGGGGCCCGGCUGCGCUGCUACCUGGCCGGCAAGAGGCCGCCCAACGGGGACGCCUGCGGCGCAGGGAGGAUGACCAACGGGGACGCCGGCUUCCUCCUGUCGCCGCCGCCUCCUCAGGGGGGCACGUCGAGCCCCUCCGAGCCGCCGGCUUCGCAAAGCACGACGCUCCACAACGGCGGCUGCGCCUUUUUCCUGCCGGUGGCCCAGAGCGCGGUUGCUCUCGAGGAGGAGCCGCCGCCUCUGUCGCUGAAGAGCUGCGGCCUCGCCGCCGCCGCCGCCCCGGCCAUGUCUCCCUCGCCCUCGUCGUCGUCGUCGUCCGCUUCAGGGAGCCCUUCUCCGGCUUCCGAGGAGGCGGAGAGCCUGGCCUCCCCGUCGGCGAGGGCUCUCCCGUGCCUGCCCUCGCUGGCUUUCAUGGACAUCAACCUCAACUCCCGCAACACCUUCGAGGUGAGCCGCCGACGCAGCGCCCCGGAGCAUUUGCAGCCGCAGCAGCCGCCGCCGCCCGCCCUCGCCUCCGGCGCCAAUGCAGCUGCCGCCGCCGCCGCCGCCGCCGCCGCCGCCGCCGGCUCGGAGCAAGGGGACCGGGCGAAGCGGCUGGGAGGCCUCGCCAGCUCCAGCUUCGCCGAAUUCUUCACGAGGUGAGUGACUCACGCGGCCGCUCCCCGGGACUCCUGCGGGGAAAAGGGGCUGCCGCAUGCGGGAGGAGAGCGUAACCUUGUAACUUAAUAGGAGAGAAAACCAGCCGGAAUCCCCCUCCCCACCCGCUCUGGAAGCAUGCUUUGAAACGGUGCCGGAGCUGUCAUUUUAAACCUUAAACCUCUUGCUUGAGAGUUGUGGCCAUUACGGUCAAGGUGUCUUGACUCUGUAUCCCUUCAGAUCUAUUUCCUGCAGUGUCCUCUCCCAGGUGUGCUUUUUUGCCCAUCCCCUUCCCUUGGUUAGUAUAAUUGUAGCUUGGUAUAUCCUUAAGUCUUAUGAAGCUGAUCUGCAACAAGAACUCCUUUUUAAAAGUUAAAACGGUUGUGAUAACUCUUUUGGAAGAGGAAAGUAGCAGUGGCCAAGGUAUGCUUAAGCACCCUUUGUGAUGGACCUGUUUUUGAUGAGAAGAUUUUAAAGAUGAGGGGGGGUGUGUGUGUGUAAAGAACCUUAAGAGAGAAUUUGCCCUUGUCUUACUGAGCUCAUGGGUAGCCUAAAUCCAAAGUGUGGUCAGUCUGGCAUAGUGGUUAGAGUGUUAGACGAGGAAGGGGGAGACCCAGGUUCAAAUCCCUGUUCACCUAGUGACCUCUGCUCACUGGGUGACCUUGGGCCAGUCACCACAUCUCAGCCUAACCUACCCUGCAUGCUUGUUGAGGAUAAAAUGGAGAAAUGGGAGAGCUGUUUAUGCCACCUUGAACUCUUUGGAGGAAAUGUGAGGUAUGAAUGUAAUGAUGCAGUAAUAAAAAACUUUUUUUUGGUAUCUUAUUUAAUGCUUAUACAUGAAGGAUGACAUUUUCUAUGAUGCUUUUGUCUCUACUCAAUUGAAUCUAUUUGACUAAGCAUGCAGAAGCAUUUUAUGCUUUUCAGCUUCACUAAUCUAUUUUCUGAACUGAAGACUACCAUGUCAACAAGAAAUUGUGACAGCGUUCUGUGCAAGGUAGUUGAGUCUUAAGUUGUUUCCUUUACUACGCAUAUCAUAUUGAAUACUAAAGCUGCCUCUUGUUGCAUCUUUUCUCCUAUGUUUGAUUAAAUAGUUGUCUAGUUAGAAAAGAAAGGGAAACAAUUCAGCAUAGUGAUAGUGCACAAACAUUUAUAUAUUGCUCUUUAGUAAAAUAUUGUUCUCAGGUGUCACAAAAGAGGAAUGUAUCAUGUACCUGCCCAAGUAUACACUGCUCUUUGUGAAAUCUUUAAAGGACAUGCCUUGAUAAACAGACUUAUAGAAUCACAAGAGCUGGGAGGGAUCACAAGGGUCAUCUAGUCCAGCCCCCUGCAAUGCAGAAAUCUUUUCCCCAAAUAACUAGCACAUAUUUGAUUGGGCUUGUCUAGUGCCUUUGCAUUUUUCUGGAGUGACUAUCCAAGAACAGUUGAGUAGCCACUGGGAGCAAUGCUUAUUUUGUCUAGUUAAAAUGCUAAUGGCAUUCUAAUAACUUCCUGCCUUGUGCAUAUUUCGUUGUUCCAAGUUGAACAACUGUUAGCCAAGAAUGAAGUAAGGUUUUGUGGCUAUGUUGUAGCCUGGACUUGAAGAAUCAACACAUUUUUAUACAUAGCUGGUUUCUCUGGUCACAAUGAUGGAAGACUUGAUGGGUAUUGGGAUUGUUACAGUGGAAUGCAAGUAAUAUACCAUUUUAAAUUAUUCAUUUCUCCGAAGGGGUUUUAGUUCUCUCAUCUGCCAGUUUUCAAAAAGCAUCAUUUGCUUCCUGGAUAUUGAAACUAUGUCUUAGUACUGAUUGUUUAUGGCAGAUACUCGAGCUGAUUUUAGCAUUUUGGUGUUAUGUGAAAUAAUGUUAGGGAUACCUUAUUCUUUCCCACAUACUGUGGACUCUGUGUUACACUUGUAAGGCAUCUGACGGGGUGCAAAUUAGUUCCCUCAAGCUUAGCAUGACUGAAAGGGCUGGGAGGUGCUAGAAUGGACAAGCCCAACUGAAUAUCCCACAGAUUACAAACUGUUAUGUCAUUGCCCUGAUAGGAUUGGUGAAAGUGUUGCACACUGAUGCUGCAUCAUAGUGUGUAGGUCUUGUGUUGGGUAACCAUUAAUAUCAUUCUGUUAUUUACUGGUAAGUUUUUCUAGUUUCUCUCUGGCUUGGCUCUCACCACACCUCAAAUGUGUUUGAACAGCUACUCUAGUAUUAAUUACUGGUUUGACUUUUCCUCUCUGCCAUUUCAUAAUACAGCUUUGUGUGGUAGAAGAAGGUGCUAGUGCACAUUUCCCUAGAUGCCAUUAUCUCUUAACAGGCGGUUGUAGGAUUGUACUGUUGCUAUCCCUAAACUCUAUUCUGAUCUACUUUUUAGUACUUCCUUCAGUAUCCUUCAUUGAUGUUUUCUGAUUGCAUUUCCUGAGUAUAAGUAAAGUUAUGAUGAUAAUUUAUUGGGGAAAUUACUCAGAUACCAAAAGUCUGUGUAAAUAUUGGGUCUUUAAGAUUCUAAAGCCAUCACAAAAGUUGGUUGUUCUCAUUUUGUAUUCAACAAUUUUUUCAUGGUCUGGCGAGUUCCAAUAGGAAAACAUCACUUUAAAAAAUGCUUUUUAUAAAUAUAGGUGAUGAUGUCAAGUAGUUUCAAGCUUUGUUCAUAGAACAGGAAGAGAUGCUAUCUUCCAUUGAAUCUCUGGGAAUAACUUGGAACGCUCUUUGCAUUUUCUUAUGGCUAUCUUUUUAUGGUUGUGACAUGCUGACUUGGUUCAGAUGACACAGUAAACUAUGGCUUACUGAGAUUGCCCAGACACCCAGCGAGGGUGUUUUUCCCCAGUUUUGCACUACACCAAGUCAAGUAAAAGUUUGGCUUAACGUGUCACCUGAACCAAGACUUGCACUCCAUGUCUAACCUUGAACUGUAGCCAGGGUUUGUAGAAAAUGAAUGCUGUGGGUUGGUUUUUUUAAAGUCCAUAAAAAUGGAGCAAAUUUAUGAUCUGAUACUUGUGAAACUGACAGAAUGAAACUGACAUAGCUACAGAUAAAUAUCAGGCAAGCUUGACAGCUAGGGUAAUUCUCUGAUGCAAAUUACUGUAUCCAAAUUACCCUAAUUUGUAUAGGAAGCAUCUUUCAAUUCAAAAUAUUCAGGGAAAACUCACAUCACUGUUCUACCUACAACCAACCACAUUCCUUUUGGAGUUUUUUGGUCAACUCUGAGGAGACAUGGUAGUUCAGAAGCUUACAACUAACAUGAUGUAGAAUAGGAAUACAUUUGCUUGAGUUAUAGCUUGUUAAGCGAUUCACUGCUAGUGCUUCUGUGUAAGUGAGACAUGCAACAAAAUAAUUGUAGUGUGGAAUACUCCUUUUCAUUAUUCUAGCCACUCUAUUCUGUCUCGUCCUCUGUUUUCUAUCCUCUCAAUAGUCAAGGCAGCAUUUUGUGGCCAUUGAGUGUGCUUAGUCCUUAUUGAGCCGUUUGUGAGGUUCCCUCCUCAUGUUUUUUCUUUUAAGGUUUUGUACUUCUGCAAACCGUGUGGUUUUUCUGAGUCCCUUGAUACCUCCCUCUUGUGCAUGGGUGGAGCUAUGUUGAUACUUGCUGAAUUUUGUAAAUGUAAGUGGUGAUCUGACUUUUAAAGAAGAUACAAUAUAUCUAGGUUAAUUCAUUUGGUUAGGUCAGUUUUACAGCUGAAAAUAGAGGAACAAACCUACCAAAUACUGUAUCUGCUGAGUCUGAAUUCUGGAAUCUGUAUUGGAAGCUGGUUAUCUCUGACCCAUGCAUUGUAUUAGUAGUGGAUAAUAAUUCUCUGUCCCUGGAGAUUGACUGGUGAGUGUCUCUCAAGCAUUCUUCCUAGCAAUUGCAUUACAGCAUCUUUAGGGGUCUCAGGUUCCGAGGACACGAGCUUUGUGCCACAACCCUAUUACUAAUUAAGCACUGGGAUUCCUGGUACAGAGACUCAUAACAAUUAGGAUGUUAAAAUUAGGACUCAGUGAAAUAAGUUAUAUUUCAGUAUUUGACAUUUUAAAAAGCCAUUGAAUCUUGCUCAGAAGCUUGGGGCAACUGUGUCUCAGUAAUGACAUUGUAUUUUGAUUUCUAGAGGGUUAAGUAUUGUAUUUUGAAUAUCUAAAAAUCUGAAAAUCAUUGUUGGGGCACUUAAAGUAUCCUGCCAUGUGAGUACUGAUUGGGGCAAGUGUUUUUACUUUUUAAAUUGGCUUACACUUUUCUGAUUUGACAUCAAGCUGCUUCUUUUCAAUACUUUUAUUGAACAUUCAGUAUUAAUCACACAGGGCUGCACAUUGACAUUUUGAGCUUAUGAACAAAAAAGACCACUGAGUAAAGAAAAGCAGAAAUGGCUAAAUAUAAGUGUUAAAAGCUACAGUAUGCUUUCUUGGACAUCUUAUGAAGACUGUUUCAAACAAAGAUAUCAAUAUAUAAAAUAUAUGUUUUUCUUAUACUAGCUAUUAUACCUUUCCUGUAUUACUGUGAAAUCUGUAACUAUGAUUUCAAUCCUAAACACACCUACUAGGGAACAAACCCUGUCGAACAUGGUAGAAUUUCUGAGUACAACAUGCAAAAUAUUUCAUUUCCCAUUGUUCACUUUUUAAAAACAUAUCUAUUAGUGCUCUAAGACAACAGAGAAAUACACAGAAAUGUGUUCUAAAUAGUCUUACCUGCUUUAAAUGGAAUGGGUGAGAAAUUGUUUUCCACAUUCAAUUACAGGCUUGUAUGAGGAUAGUACUCCACAUAACCUACUUGAGAAGUUGUUAAACUUGAAUGUUGAAGUAGUAUAAUGUGCAGUGGCAUGUUUCACUGUGCUCUAGCUUGUAGUUGUGGUUCUUUGGGAAUCUAAUUCUGUUCCAAUUAAAACAAAUUAGAAUGACACAAAUAGAGGCAAAAAGCCACAAUUUAUUUUCUUGGUGGUCCCCUGCUAUUGUACACUAACAUUGCCAUUGUUAGUGUAGUUCUGGUAGCAAAGACGAAAUGAAAUGUUUUGAAAUUUAAAUUGGUAUUGCUCAUAGAUGAAACUUUCUCCUGGUAUAAAUGUUUCUCUUUCCUAUAUGUGGAGGCAGUACUUACCUGUGUGCUGAAUUACUGUCACAGUAUUCUUUUCACCUUUGUUUCAACUGGACAAUGCCCUGGCCUGCCAGAAAUUCAGUUUAUGUGUAGGGGUGAAUAGUAGGAGCUAUGAAUGUUUUCCCCACCCUGGGUCGUCCCACCCCCCCAACUCUGCAAACUUUAGUUAGUUUAAAACUAACUUUGAUUUUCUGUGUAACUUUUAAAGGAUGUGUGGGGAACCUGUGGCCCCCAGAUGUCGCUUAACCACAACUCCCUUUAUCCUGGCCAUCGGCCAUGCUGACUGAGGUUGAUGGGAGUUAAGGGACAGGUAUCUGUUGGAUCUAAGUUCCCCACACCUCUGUUACAUGUUGGUGAGAGUUGUUUCUCUAGAUCUGCAAGUUAUUUGUGUCUUUAGUUCUGUGCACAGUUAAGUAGAAGCAAUGCAUAGGACUGUAGUACAACAAUGGGAGUGUCUGAAGAUGUCAUAUACUAUUUAUUGUCCCUGUGAUGCUCACCUCUCAUUUACUCUUCUUCCACAAUUUGUCUGUCCAUCUCUCCCUCUCCCCCCAAUGCCCCCUGCUGCAGCAGAUACAGUGGUACCUUGGGUUAAGAACUUAAUUCGUUCUGGAGGUCCGUUCUUAACUUGAAAUUGUUCUUAACCUGAGGUACCGCUUUAGCUAAUGGGGCCUCCUGCUGCCGCUGCACCGCUGCUGCACAAUUUCUUAACCUGAAGCAAAGUUCUUAACCCGAGGUAAUAUUUCUGGGUUAGCGGAGUCCGUAACCUGAAGCGUAUGUAACCUGAAGCAUAUGUAACCCGAGGUACCACUGUAUAGGGGAUGAUGUGGCAGCCUUGAGUGUGGGGAGAAUAAACUGAUAAAAAUUGCUUAACACUAUUGGAUACCAUGCUUACAAUUGCAGAUAUCUAAGGACACGAAUCCACUUUCUUUUUCAGGGUAGCAUGGAAAAUUUAGUAAAAUGGGUUCAUUAUGUAUGAAAAUUUUGUUUUGUGAUGCAGUGAUGGCCUAUUAACGUGAUAUAAAGCUUAACUGCAUCUGAAGAACCAGCCAUGCCUCCUUAUGAUGUGCAUUGGUAAAGGCAGGGCUUCUACCUUAAUUACUUUAGAGGUGCAUUAGGGGCAUACUUAAGAGCUCUUCGUCACUUUUUACUUUGACGGAAUGUCUCUGCAAGUAAUUCUUGGUGAUAGUGUUUGAAUGCAGGGACAGAAUUCUCUGCUGUGUUUCUACUUUUUAGGCUUCUUCCUGUGUUUCCCUUUUAUCUCUGAUGUUCUAAAGAAGUAAUGUAACAAGCACCAGUGUAAGUUUCCCUUUAGAGUUAGACAAUAGAAAGUAAAAUACCAGUGAUGGUAAAAUACUCUAUGGUUUUAUGCAGUGCUUUUUUCUGGGGGACACACAGGGGUACGCAUACCCCUAAACAUUUUGUGAAUCUUUGUACUUUUGUCCAUUUACUCUAUUUAUUUUUCCUGAUUUGAACUAUAAAAUGGUGAUUUUCUUGAGUCAAAAUGAGAAUACCCCUAAACAUUUUUUUUUAGAAAAAAGCACUGGUUUGGUUUUAUGUAUUUUUUAUUGUAAGCUGCUUUGUUGUUUCUUCGUGUGAAAUAGCAGUUCAUACAUCUUUUUAAAAAUAAAGAAAUAAAAUAAUUUGUUACCAGUUGGAUACUUGUAAUGCGGAAUGGUAGCUUAAGUUGGACAGACUCCAUGUGUCUCUUUCAGUGAACAGAUAAACCUGGGAGUAAGAGCCACUAUUCUGACAAUGACAGCCGUCUAGUUCCAAGGUAGUGAUGAGGCUGAAACUAACCACAGGAUAGCUUACCCAUAUUGCCUAAAUGCAUCUGUUAAGCAGGUGGCCCUUUUUUGUUAAUUGCAUUUUAUUAUGUUUUGAGAAGGCUGUGUUGACAAUUCUCUUAUGGGGCAAACUUGAAAAUGAGAAAACUCAGUGAGAUGAGAAGCAGGACUCAUUCCAUCAGCUCUUUUGAAAGGUCCCUGAACUGUUUCCAUCUGGUUAUAAGAACUAUUAAAUUUUAAGAAUUGGCAGCUGAGUUUGCUUUUUUCCUCUUUCCCUUGUAUGUUAUGUCUUUUAGGUUGUCAGCCUGCAGUGCAGGCAGGGUCUGUCUUAUUUAAACAGACUGUAUAUGCAAGCCGCUCUAGGAGUCUUCCUGACUGAAGAGCGUGGUACAAAUGCCCUUAGUAAGUAAGAGAGGAAGAAAUAACCUCAUCAAUAAGAAAUAGCACACCAUUUAAGAGGGUACAAAUGGACCUGCAACAUUCCUAUUGUAAGGCUGUUAAGUGAAAUUAGGAUUGCCAACCCUUGCUGGCAGCUGCUUUUUCUUUUCUACAUCUAACAACCUGCUCAUUGGGUGACAUAGGGCACGGGAAUCAACAUGACCCCCUAUUAAUGUUACCCCUGCUCCCCCCCCCCAAUAAUUUAUGGUUGUUAAAGGUGCAGGAGCAGAGAGACCGGGACUUUUCAAGUUAAUUGGCAAGCCUAAAGAGUAUCAGUGCCAGAGGGAGAAGGAAAUUCAGCAGAUAAAGUAGAUUCAACUCCCUACAUCUUCUUCCUUUUUUCCUGAAGGUUAUCCUUCAGCUUCAAUAGCUCCCGGAAGAUACCCAACUGCUGUGGUCUUUGGAGAUUUUCUCCUCUUGCCCCACAUGCCACAACUGUAUGAUGUCGUUCUCUCUACAUAGAAAGUCAGCAUGUUGGAGAGGGCUAGGCUACAGUCUCUCCCCCACCCCCAUACUUGAUUUCUUUGUGGGACAAACUUAUUACAUGGAAAAGCAUACUGCCAUGUCUGUCUGUCUGUCUGUCUGUCUUUCUCUCUCUCUCUCUCUCUCUCUCUCUCUCUCUCUCUCUCUCACACACACACACACACACACUCAAACUGUUCAUUCAGACAUAGCCUUACAACUUUCCUGAGAACUAGGCCAGGGAACUAGGAAAAAAUAACAUUUAAACUGCACAUUCAGGCAGUUUAGUGCUGUGUUUUGUUAAAUAUAACAUUGCUUAUUCCUCUUCUUGACUUUGAUCCAUUACAGGUGUGGGGCAUCUGUGGCCCUCCAGAUGUUGCUCAACUAUGGUUCCCAUCAGCCCUAGCAACCAUGGCCAAUAGUCAGGGAUGAUAGGAUUUGCAGUUCUGCAACCUCUGGAGGGCCAAAGGUUCUGCACACCUGGUCCUGCUAGUUAAUGUUAUAACAGAGAACCACAACCACGGCUGCAGAUUCAGCUUCACUCAUUUAUUCUAACCUAGGUUAAUGCACAUUUUAAGUGCCCGGUUUUUACGGUUCCUUUGCAGGUGCUUGCCAGGGCAAGUGAGUGGGAGGUUAAUUCUGGACCAUAACCUUGGAUUAGAUGGAGCAGAAGCAAUGUUAACAGCAAGAAUAAAACACUCUGAACUACUUCAGCUUUGUGAAACAAAGUUCAAAUAGCUUCAUUAUGUGUAAAAGGUGACUUUGUUCUGUGUGUGUGUGUGUGUGUGUGUGUGUGACAUAAUACUUGUACCUUUGGAACCAAAACUCAGGUUAGAUUUAGAUGUGACUUGCUCUACUGAUUUCUUAACGACAAACAUGUAAGCAGUUCCAUGGGUCUGGGGACUAACACCUAAAUGUGCAAGAAAUUGUCAGCCUGUACAUUUUGAUUGUUCAUUUAUGAAAUAGUGGGUUGGGUUUUUUUUAAUAUAGUCCCCUGAAGAUGGCUUACACAGUACAAAAACAGAAUGCAAGAAGUUUACAAUAGGAGCAGCAUUAAAUAUUUCAUACGUUGGUCACUUAAAACAGAAUACAAUUCAUUCACCCCUCCAUGACAUGUCAUUCUUUCCCACCAAACCAUAGCUUUUCUCCCUGCAGAGUGUUCUCUAGGGUUUAACAUGUUGCUUCAUCUGCAUAGUGGCAAAGUAAUAUGUGUUGUGGGGCUUAGAAGCUUUGGGGCAGGGCAGAUAGUGACGACUGAGCUGGAUAAAUAAGCCUCAUGUUGCCAUUGUGCUAUCAAGAUUUAUGUCCAUUUACCAGUGCCUGGAUUGGCAGCUUAGAUACGGCUGGGAGUACUGGUCUGCAUAGAAAGAGCAAUAUAGCACCAUAAUGGCUGCUUAUGCAUACUUUCUUCACCUUUCCACUUUCCUCCCCCUCCUCCCAUGUUCAUGCGCCUUCCCUGGCUUCGUAUCUGCUGCCAGUGACAAGAGAAAGUCAGCCUGUUGACAUCCAAGGCUGUGCAGAGAUGCCACAACUGGUUGCUGUUUAUGUGGCCAGGCUGACUUUGAUAGGUGACGAUACCCUGUUACAGGUGCUACAAAAUGCAUUAUUUGGACCUGAAAUAUUGGGGGGGGGGGGCUGGUUUGCUUGCUUAGUUGGGUGACUAAUGUGCCAAUGCAGUGGCAAUUCUUUUUAUAAAAUUAAAAAAUGUUAUACACUGCGUCUGCUAGAGCAGGAUACCUUUAGUUGAAUGUUUCUUAAACGCCAUGACGGUAUUUUGAUGUUACAGAAAUGGCAAAGGUGUGCCUACAUUUUCAUAGAUGGUGAAAAAAACCCAUGCUUUCUUGGUUCACCUCUUUCUACCUAGUAUAAAUGCCAGUUAAAUUACUAUUAGACACUAAAACAGCUAAAUCAAAACUACUUAAUCACUGGAGCCCAUUCAAAUAUAAAAUGUUCAUGAGAGCAGAAUAGCAUUUGUUGCAUCAACUUUAGCUCUUCCAGCCCUGAACAAAAUAUAUGGACUGUAUAGCUAGGCUGAGAUUGGAUGGAUUCACCAAGGUUUAUCGUUUGUAUUCUGUGUAGGUGACAGAUUUCCCAUCACUGUCUAGGGGUUUUUGCAGUGAGGGAUAUUCCUCUCAUGGACUUGCUUGGCAGGCUUCUCUGCUGUGGUUGCUUCUUUGCAUUACAACAUUCGUCCUCCUCCCACAGAACUGGAAUGUGUAUUUUCACUUUCCAAUAGAAAAUUAUGGAAGGAAGACUAAUGCUACUAUUCUGUACGUGUUACCUAUUUUUUGCCAACAAAAAGGAAGCAAGAAGAACAGCCCUGUGUUCUCAGUUGGAAAGGAAAUAUAGUUCAUAAAAUUAGUACUUGUACAUCAGCCUUGUGAAUAACUAGCAAGCAGUGUUUGAAACUCCCAUUGUCCUUGGCACAUUUUGCGACUGGGAAUUUCAUUAGCAUGAUCAGUUUCUGAGCUCUGGGCGCAAUACUGUGCCUAAGAUUUCAGAUUAAAACUGCAGUGGAAGGAAAGGAGGACCCUUUCCUGCCUCCCCAAUUCUAGCUCCUCUCAGAAGACUGGAGAAGAGACCCUCUUAAGAAUAUUAGGGGGGUGGGCAGGGGAAGGACUAGACCAUGUGAAAAAUGAACAUAAUAUUUUAGCUGCAGUUCAUUCAUUUUCAGCUUUGUAUUCUUGCUAUAAAAAAGCACUCCUAGACAUUCUGGGGGAAGGCUGUUGCUGCUCACACAGAAUGGGAAAUUGCUCACCAGGCAUAAAUGCUUCCUUGCAGAACCAGGUAGCCAACUAAAGAUACAUAACCAUAUAACAUUGAUUACACAAGCUCAAUUUCAUGUCGAUACAAGUGCUAAAUACUUGCCAAACAUGUUACUGUUUCUCCCUGGAACCUGUCCACCCCCCAGACUGUGCAUGGAUUAUUUUUGCUGCCAUGCCCACACAUUUAAAUCUUACAGAAACCACAAUCAAAUUUCAGAAUCUAGUCCCAAAAAUACGGUAUUUCUUAUUUAAAGAUGGUUAGGCAAACUGGUACUUGUUUUUUACUUGUGCAUGUCUUCCUAGCCCUUUCUCUGCUAGAAUGUAUACCUUGAAGCAAAAAGAAUACACUGAAAUAUCACUAUUUAUGUUUAAUGAUAAUAGGCUUCACUCUAAUGAUAAAGGGCCUCCCUUCAGCAAGAUGCUAUAAAUCAGAAAUCUUUAACAGGGAGGCCAUUCUUUCUUUUAUUUUGCAAACGUGGACCAAAAAGUAAGAGUAACUGCUUACUUCAAUAUUACUUGGCUAGGAGAUGGGACUUAGGUCAGUUUUCUUGCCAACUCCUUUUCCUUACAGCACGCCAUACUCUUCUCCCCUUAGACUUGUUCUUCCAUGGCUUGCCUGGGCCACCCACCCACCUCUCUCCUCUGACGUGGUAGCAUUGGUGUGACGUGGGCUGCAGCUGCAGAGCAGGAUAGUUGAUGUGAUACUCUCUUGUCGUGUCCUGACUCCUUCUCCACAGCUUACCUGGAGCCCCCAGUCACCUACCUCCUCCUAAGUGUUGUGCUGUUAACUAGGCCUGACCAAGGGAAAGUUUAAAAAAUAUUAAUUUCAUAAGUUUUGACAUAGCAGUCUCUUUCCCUCUUCUUACCCCCCCACCCCGAAAAACAGUCUGUAGAAAGUAAAAGGUAAAGGGACCCCUGACCAUUAGGUCCAGUCGUGGCCGACUCUGGGGUUGCGGCGCUCAUCUCGCUUUAUUGGCCGAGGGAGCCAGUGUACAGCUUCCGGGUCAUGUGGCCAGCAUGACUAAGCCGCUUCUGGCGAACCAGAGCAGCGCACGGAAACUUCGUUUACCUUCCUGCCGGAGCGGUACCUAUUUAUCUACUUGCACUUUGACAUGCUUUUGAACUGCUAGGUUGGCAGGAGCAGGGACCGAACAACGGGAGCUCACCCCGUCUCGGGGAUUCGAACUGCCGACCUUCUGAUUGGCAAGUCCUAGGCUCUGUGGUUUAACCCACAGCGCCACCCGUGUCCCACUCUGUAGAAAGUAGCUGUGAUUAAUUGUUAAUCUUGAUAUUUAGGUUUAAGAAAUUGACAUCAACUCCAGCAAACACACCUUCAGUUUUAAACUUCUUUGUGCGUUUUUUAACAGGAACUUCUUUGCUAAAAGGACAAAGGAACUCAAACCUGCUGUCCACAGUGCUCCUGGCUGGAAGUUGUUUGGAAAAGUCCCACCGAAAGAAAACGUACAGAAAGACUCCAAGAUAAUUCAGCAGGUGAGCAUCUGUAAAAUGAUAUGCAAAUCUUUUCCCAUUUUGUCCUAGGAAUUUCAUAGAGCAGACUUCUGUAAGGUAGUCCUGCUUAAUGUUAAUUUAUUUACUAGGGACUUCCACUCCUGCUAGUGUUGCUUGCCUACCCUGCCAACCCCACUGUCCCUCACAGGUCCUUCAGCCCUCCCAGACCCCUCACAGCUACUUCAGCUCCCCACCUGCCACCCCAUUCCCCAAUCUUCCUCUCCCAUGGUUUGCCCCAAACUCUCCUCUCCCCCACAGACUGCUGGAAACUCUCUCCUCCCCACCCUUUCACAGAUCACCCCAAUCUCAAGAUCCUGCUGCUCUGCCCCUUGCAGAGGAGAGGGGAAUGAAGAGGAGAAAGUCUUUCUCCCCAUGCUCUGUGACACCAGCAGAAUGAAGUGUGUGGUUGCCCGGGGUGAAGAGGAGACUUCUCUUCUUCUCUCCCCUUUUCUCUGCAGGUAGCAGUGGGAUCUUGAGAUUGGAGAAGUUAUCUGGGGAUGUGGAGUGGGGAGGUUUCAGUGAAUUGUGGGUGGUGGUGGCAGCAGCAGCAAGGGUGGGGAGCAUGGGAAGACCUGCCUGCUUGCUCAGCUGGGCUGCUUGCACAUUCAGACCCCUAUUGUGGGUGUAAAGGAAAGGUUGGGUGCCGGGUGGUGACACAAGGAGCAUGGAAAGGUCUUCCUGGGCUACCUGCCUGCUCGCUGUGCUGGUUAGCCCACUCACACCCUCAGCCUGCCUGCUUUGCUGGCUGAAUCUGCCUGCUGUUGCCGUGUGACUUGCAGCAUGGCCACUUUUUUCCUUACAAAAACAUUAUGUAGUAAGAUAAUCAUUUUUACCCUGCUCUUCAAUCCUGAAGAGUUCCCACAGUACCUAAAACCCGUGCUUUUUUUCUAAAAGAAAAUGUUUAGGGGUACUCUCAUUUUCCUACUCAUGUUGAAAUACUGUCCCUGAAUAAGGCCAAACUUAGAUUCACAAAAUGUUUAGGGGUUUGUGUACCUCCAGAAAAAAGCACUGCCUAAAACAAUUAAAAGAAACUGCAGCUGAAACUUUUCAAGAAUAGUUUUGAGUAUAUGUUUGCCUUAACAAAUGGAUGGAAAUGUAAACAGAAGUUGCUAGUGCUUUGCGGCAGUCACUUGUAGUUGAAUAGUUUACUCAGAACCCAUAAAAUAUUUUAGUCUGCAUGCAUAAGAAUAAUAAACUUUCUGUAUCUGUGGAGGUGGGGAACAACUAAUUUGGAUUAGAUGAGUCAUAAAAUGAUGUGGCAGGGGUUCAAAUUAUGGCUUCAAUUUAAGUUUAAAUAGAUAGGGUAGUUCUUGCAUAAAUGUACAAAUAAUUGCACAGUUGUUGCUUGGUAGUUGCUUGUGUGAAUGUAGUCCAUUGAAGAGAUCUAUUGGUAGAAUAUAUUAAAUCAAAGUAAUUUAAAUCUGCAAGAAAAGAAUGGCUUUAAAUUAGUUUUCCUAUUCUGAAAUAAAUAUAUUUCCUGAAACAACAUGCAUCUUAGCUAGUUGCUAGAACAGAGGAUGCUAUUCAACGUUAGUUAUACUUGGGCCCAUUGUAAUCAAAUAUGUUGCCCCUUCCGAGUGUGACACUCAUAGUCUUUAUGCAACCUAGAAACAUAAUCCAAAAUCUAUACUUUUUGCACUGCAGAACAGUCUUGGUUUAGAGACUAGGUACAUUUAUAGUCAUCUUGAAUCAAAUCCCAUUGAACAAAGUGGGUUUUUGGAUGGGAAUGGACUGUUAAGAACUUUGUCUGGAAUUUUGUAGAUGUGUACGCUGGUUGUUAUUAGGCAGAAGUAAAUAUCUGUGGUGUGUGUUUGGUAGUCCUAAAUAUUCCAAAUUUGCAGCUGAACAAGUUGCAGAACUCAAGUAGUCUGCUUGUUUAUGAAACUUGUAACUCACACUUCACUGGCUGGCUGGUAUUGCUACAAAUAUUACAAAACUACCAAAACACUAAAACAGCAGUGCAGUGCAAGAUAAAAUGGCUAACCAGUAAAUUUAACUGCAGUUUAAUUGUGAGCUUAACCUUGCAGCAGCAGUUAGAGGACACACAAGAAAUGCAAGAUUUCUCAUAUGGGUUUGGUGGAUGAUACUGAUGAGCUAUGAGUUGGCUCUCAUGAAACCUAGAGCCCUUGACAACUUCCUGAUCCCAGUCUGGAAGGAAGCCAAAAAUAUGACUUUGUUAUUUACAGUAUUUCAUCUUAGACAUUUUGCAUUACGGUUCAUUCUUACACAGAAAAGCAACUAUUAACUCCCUCACUCUCUCUCUGUGCUAAAUGGGGGCAAGUUUUUUACAUGUAGGCUUUAAACUACAUGCCCUUUCAGAUUUCACUGGACUCCCAACUCCCAUGGUCUCUUACUUUUGGCCGUGCUGGCUGGGGUUGAUGGGAAUUGGUGUCCAGCACCCCUUGCUCUAUGGGUUUUAUUCGCUGUUGCCUGUGAUAUCCCAUUCACACAUGCAAGCUCUUGGCACAAAUACCCAUGUUCAUUCAGUGCUUCAUGACUUAGUGGCUGCAGCGUUGACUAAAAUUGUUCCUCUGUCCUGGUGUAGUGAGUAUCUGCUUGUGGGACUGAUUUGGCCCACCAGGGCUUCCCUUUUGGCCCACAAGGCUGUUUUGACCAACCCAUGCCCAGCUGCCCUGGUAAGGCGGAUCAUUGCUGUGUAAGACUGCAGCCCAAAUGGGACGAUAUGGUGGGGCAAAUCUGGCCUGUGGGCCAGAGGUUCCAAAGCCCUCAACAACUAGUUGAUUGUCAGGUGCUUCAGCACUGCACUUUGAGAUGUGUCCAUCACCUGAUGUCAUUGUGACAUCAGAGUGACUGGUAGCAAAUUUUGGGGGUAAGCGUGGGAUUGUAGGGGGAGGAGAGGAAAGUGAAGUUCUGUUGCGGAAGUGGAUGUCCCACUUGUGUUCAGACAGUGUUGGAUACAAUCCUUUGUCUGUAAUUCCUGAAAGGAAGAUAAUCCAUUAUUGUGUUCAAGCAAGGUGUCUCUUACCUUUGCAUAGAACUUCAGUAAUGGAGAGAAUGAAAUUCAUGUUUUUAAUCUCUACUGCCAGUCAGUGUUUCAACUUUUGACCCAGUGUUGCUGUGUUACUUUCCAUGCAACACUAAGGCAAAUCUGACUGUUAAACAACUGUGUAUUGGAUGCAUACCAUUGAGACGUGCAACUUGCUUUCAGCUGCUAGGUUGUUAAAAGCAAUGGUUAUGCUGUUGUAAAUGUUCAUUUUGUUCUUAAAAAAAAAAUCUGAAUAAAAGCAAUUGGUAAAGUGCAUCUUCACUUGUGAAAAAGCCAGAAGAUUUUACUUGAAUCUUACUCUGAACCAUUUUCCCAUCAUCCAUUUUUAAUAGCUUCGUUUGAAGUUUUAACCUCAAUACGUUAUUCAUACUAUGGUCUCAUUUCUCAGUGAAUAAACAAGCCAUUUACUGUUACCUUGCACUUGAACCCUAAAUCUAGUAAAUCUAUAUAUAGUAAGAUAUUCUAAAAUUAAAAGCUGAAGCUGAAUACAGACACUAUGAAAUUAACUUACAUGCAGAAGUGCUUUAGUCGUAGAAGUUAAUAUUUCAGAUAUUGAAGUUGGAUGUAUUUAUCAUUGUGAUGGAUUUUGUUAAUUGGAUUUUUAAAUCUCUGGCACAACACAUGUGGCUAUAUACUGUCAUUGGUAAAAAAAAUAAAAGCAGUAGUAACAUUUUUUUCUGCACCAUAAAUGUGAAAUGCAUUUUUUGUACUUAAAUACAGCAAAUAAUACAUAAGUUUUAUGUUUUAACUUGCAUAUUGUUCCUUUUGUUCUAAUAUUUUCUUUAAACAGGAGUAUUACAUUUUCUGAAUGCAUGGCUUAAAAGAGUUAUGCAUGUAUCUUAUGCUUUGUAUAGUUAGAAAGUGGUUUAUCACAAUGACAACGAACUCAAAAGUCGUUGCUUUUGGAGGCAGAGAAAUUGCUCUUAUGUAACUUAUUCUCUUUCAAUCCAGACUCAUUGAGACUUCCAGGGUUUCUGGGAAAGCAUUCAGCUGACUUCUAGAAAUAGUUUGGUGUUUAGAAAAUAGUGAAUCAAAAUGCAGAACACUUCUGUGGAAUGUGAAUGAUUUCCUGUAGAGUAGCUGUCAGUGAGGGUAAAAAGCAUAUUACCAUUGACUAAGGCUGCAUUCCUAGGUACACUUACUUGGUAGUAAUCCCCAGUGAAGUCAACAGAACUUACUUCCAAAAAGGCAUCCUUAGGGUUACACUGUUUAUGAUUUGGACUCUUGUAAGUUUACAAGCAAAGCUACAGAAAAAUCAGUUAUAUCAGAGGUCUGGUCAUGUUUCAGUUGCUUUGCUUCAGGAUAAUGGUCAGGGUCCAGGGUGCUAUGAAAUUAGUUUCGAUCACUUCUCCAUUCCCACUUCCUCCUUUUAUUUCGUCUGUUCUCCUUUCCUCAUUUGUGCUGCAUGACAAUUUUUAAAACAAAGAACAGUUUGCAAUAAUGUCAGAAAGGUUGUUCAAAGAAAAUAAUAAUGCAAUCCCAGUGGAACAUCUGUAUCACUCACUAUUUGCAUGAGACUAAGCAGCUAUUUUGAUCUCCACUGAAGAAUCAGGCAGAGCCAUCCUACGGUUGGGUAGGGAGGAGCAAAGGUGGAAGAACUGCCAAGCCUGCGCCAGCGGAGCAAAAUAAGUGUGUGUGUGUGUGUGUGUGUGUGUGUGUAAUCUGCAAUCUGCAUUUUCCUUCCCCCUGUAUCUUUCAUCUUUUAAAAACUUUGCUUCCCAUUGGUUUUCCCUCACUCCAGCAACAUGUCAAGCAGGGCCGUCUUAACCAUUGGCGCUAGGGGUGCACGGCACCCGGGCGCUGGGUUCUCAGGGGCACCAGGCCGAGAGUCUGGGGCCAAGCGUUGGAGUCUGGGGAAAAGCUGCUAACAGCCGAGCAGAGCAGAGCAGAGUCUGUCGGAGCACCACGGGGUCUUCUGCUGCGGGCGGCUCUUUCCCGGACUCCAACGCUCGGCCCCAAACUCUCACCAAGCCGCUUGCAGCGCUCCAGCGGGCUCUGCUCUGCUUGCCUGUCGGCUCUUGCUCCAGCUACAUGGCGGCUAACUGUUUCGGCACCGUGCCCAGAGCACCGUAUAAUGUGGGCACUGCAUGACACAUCCUGUUGCAUGCACCGAGCUGCAGGUUCCUUUGUUGGCUUUUCCGCUAUCGGCGCACGCUCCCAGCACUGCCUAAGGUGGGGUGACAGCGCAGAAUGACAGGGAAUGCAAGCAGCAGCAGAGGAAACAUCUUCGGGCGGGAUCCGCUGACGGCAGCAACAAAACCUGACGAAUAGGAGUGCGCGGAUCCCAUCCAGAGAUUUUUCCUCUGCUGCCACUUGCAUUCCCCAUCGUUCUGCGCUGGCACCUCACGUUGGGCAGCACUGGGAGCGUGCACCGACAGCGGAAAAGCCAACAAGGAGCCCUCAGCUUGGCACACGCAACAGGAUGUGUCGCGCAGCGCCCACACUCCGCGUGCUACACGUGCGGCCAAAACAGUUAGCCGCCAUGCAGGGGGGGAGGCAGCGGGUGUACAGCGCUGCGACUGUGCCACCCGACAUUCUCCCCCCCAGCAUGGAACCUGCACCCACCUUCAUAUGCCCCACAACCCUUCUAAAGGUAAACAACUAUUUCUUUUAAAAAAGGUGAACAAUUUUGGCGGUUCUCUCCCUUAAAAAAGUCAACAACUUUGGACAACCUAGGGGCGCCGGGCGGAUCUUUGCACCCCGGUGCCGCAUAUACUUAAGAUGGCCCUGAUGACAAAUGUCAGGUCUGGAAGUGGUUGCCCACGAGUAACCAGACAGGACUCCGACCUGUCUUUCACAGGUUUUAUUGGUGCAAACUAUUUACAGUGCAGAACCCCAAAGUUCAUGUCCGUCUCAGUCACUUGCAGAAUCCGGGAGUGGCCCCUUCCGGUUUCUCCCCCAACAUAAGAACUUAGACACCCCAAAUCUCCGCCUCCCCUCCUUACGUUUCACCCCUCUGCGCAAGCUGGGUGACGGAAACGGCAUGUCUGUUUCCUGGCCAGCUGGGCUAGGUGAGGCUCUUGGGCUCUCAGUCACAUUUUCGAGCCCUCCCCUCGCCUGGCUAUCCACUUCCCGCUCUGCUCCACUGGAGGUGUGGCUUCCCUCGUUGCUGGACGAGGAGCUGCUCCUCAGCAGCGUUGGAGGCUCUCUGUAUUCUCCUCCCCCCUCCCCUGUUGCAGUGGCAGUCCCCUGACAUCAAGUAUAGCACACUUUGCUUCCCUGACACUCCCUUGAAAUACAUACUCCUGCUGCCAGAGAACCGAAGGCAGAAGAGUAACAGCAUCAGUGAUUUCAUUGAUUGUAACAAGGUAGUCUCUCUUUGCCUGCAGAGAGGAAGAUCUGGAAAUUUUUAUGGGCUCAGAUCCCUCCCAGUGUCCAUAGGAUUGUGCCCUUUAAAAAAACAAUCAGUAUAUUAUCUGGCAGAAAAAAAGAAUACAUUUUUCUUCUUCUGCAUACAACCACUUACUUCUAAAUACUUGUCAUGGUAUCAGCAUGGAUUGAAAUAUGUGAUGAAUAGCAACAUUUCAUGUUUUUUUCUCUAUCUGAAAAACUUACGUGGUAGACUGCAUUCUUUAAAGUGCCUCAUUAGCAGUUUUUGUUUGGGAUGGGAAUAAUUGCAGCUCCUAAAAUCAGCAAUGUUACUUCCUUUUUUAAAAAAAAUAAGCUUGACUUUUCUCUCCUUUUUGCUCACCACUUCCUUUUAUUUCUCUCACUGUCCUGGUAAUCUCUCACUAUACAUGUGUAUGAAAUUUUAAAGUUCUUUAGCAAUCUCUAGAGUGUCAGGCUUCCUUAGAAAUUGGUUUAAAAGCAGCUGAAUGGUACUAGUCAUAGGAAAUUGGACAGGGUGUCUGUCAGUGUUCGAAACUUCCAUUGUUCUCAGUGCAUUUUGCGACAGGGAAUUUCAUUAGCACAAGCAGUUUUUGAGCUCUGGACACAAUACUGCACCCUGAGAUUUCAGAUUAAAACCGCAGAGUGGAAGGAAAGGAGGACCCUUUUCUCCCUCCCCAAUUCUAGCUCCUCUCUGAAGACUGGAGAAGAGACCCUCUUAAGAAUAUAAGGGGGGUGGGCAGGGGAAGGACUAGACCAUGUGAAAAAUGAACAUAGUAUUUUAGCUGUAGUUCAUUUUCAGCUUUGUAUUCUUGUUAUAAAAAAGCGCACCUGGACAUUCCAUUGUUGCGCCCAUAACCUAAAUUUAAGGUGCUAUUUGGCUCCUAGCUUUCAUCUCUCAGUUUCUAACACUGCAGGGUGUCCAAGGGUGGUUUGAGCUUUAGUUUAUUGAAUAGUGGUAUUUCUAAAAAGCAAUAUGAUAAGGACACAUUGGCUUGCUAUUUAAAGAAAAACUCGGUCUUUCUGUCCAAGCUCCAUGGAAUGUCUAAAAUAGCUCAGCAAAGGUGAUGUUAAUUGACACUUUCCAAUUAAAUUGUUUGGAACAUUCAUACUGAUCCUAUGACCUACGGUAUUCUGUAACAUCUGUUACCCAUAUAAAUGAGCAUGGUUUAUUGCCCGCAAACAAUGAAGAUCAGUGAAAGUAUGUUAAACCAGCAACUAAGUAUGUUAAACCAGUUAACGGAGUUCCUUGCUUGCUAAUACAACCUACUACGACACUGACACAAUGUGGGGAAAUGUUUAUCCCAUCAGAGAGGUGCUUCCAAGGUUAUGGGAAAAGAUUCCUAGAUAACUUGGUGCGCUUGGCGCGUGAGCUUUUGCUAUCAAGAUUCCUGGUAUCUUAGUUAAACUACCUAUCCCAUGUUCAUAGACUUUUUGGAAUAAUGUUGCCAUAGUGGGUGGCCGAUCUGUCACUAGAUCUCCCAAGGACAAAUGGAACUGGAGAUAAAUUUGCUGGGCCCUGGAAGGCUGCUAGUUGAUUUGCCAAACAAUGUUCAUACUGAGGUCAUUUGCUUUUUCUGGCAUGGCGAACCUCUCUAGGUUUGAAGUAUACGUUUGGUCACCUUGCUAUUAGUUUGGCAGGGUUUACAUCUUAUUCUCAGUAGUCCUUGUUUCUGCCCCUCCUGAUACGUGAAGACAUAAUAUUAGUCAAUUUGUACAGCCUUUUCAGUACUGCUUCAGGUGUGACGCAGUCUGUUUUUGUGUUAGUUACCGUAUUUUUUGCUCUAUAAGAUGCACCAGACCACAAGACGCACCUAGUUUUUGGAGGAGGAAAACAAGAAGAAAAAAAAUUCUGAAUCUCAGAAGCCAGAACAGCAAGAGGGAUUGCUACACAGUGAAAGUAGCAAUCUCUUGUGCUGUUCUGGCUUCUGGGAUAGCUGCGCAGCCUGCAUUCGCUCCAUAAGACGCACACACAUUUCCCCUUACUUUUUAGGAGGGAAAAAGUGAGUCUUAUAGAGCAAAAAAUACGGUAUGUAGGGAGCAAUCUAAACUCCUCCCUGGCACGAAAGGGGUUUUAUGGAGUGGCAAGACCACCACUGCAUCUGCAGCUGUGCUGCGCAUGGGGGCGAGCAGGCAGAUUGCUGUGCCAGUCUGGAGCUGGAGCAGUGAUCAGGCCCACAUGGGGCCCAAGGCCACUAUGUGGCAUCAGCAGGGAUGGAUUGGGAUAUACCGUAUUUUUCUGUGUAUUACACGACCCCUAUUUUUUGGGACUCUAAAUUGAGGAAAUGGGGGGUGAUUGCCCAGAGUUGUUGAGCUUCUAUGGGGGGGGGGUGCCAACGAUCGUUCACCCGCCUGACCGUCGCUGCCAAACAAACGCCUCUACGAAGCCACCGAUCGCCUGCUCGUUCGCUGCCAGCAGCCGCCAAUCGCCAGCAGGCCUUGCUGCACCAUCCAAUCACCCACCGAAUCACUGAUUGUAAUCUACUGCUUGCAGCCACUAAUCGCAUGUCCCCCUCUGCACUAUCCGUGUAUAAGAUGACUCCCAAUUUUUAAGAAUUAAUUUUAAUAUGAAAACCUUGUCUUAUACACGGGAAAAUACGGUAAUUUAUCCUGGCCAGCUCAGCUCGACUGCUUUCACUCCAGAGGCCGUGGCCAGUGGAAGGCUGGUAAGAGACCAGCAGCCCUGUUGGGAGGGGUUUGAUUUGGGUGGAGGUGCAUUUGCCCAAUCCAGCCCCUGCCAGCCUGGCCCAAAGGAGGUUUGAAUUGCUCUGCUAGUUUAGGACAUUGGUCCCUUGAUGCAUCUUUACUGCUGUGCCAAAUGCUUCUUAAACAGAAAUGAAUGCUAAGAUAGAUCUGAAUUUAAACAUCCAAAUCAUUUCCUGUCGACUUUCUUCCCUGCUUAGUCCUCGUGGAACCAUUCAUUUUAGCUAUCUAAAACAUAUGCACCUCACUAAAAAGAUUUAAAACUAGUAGAAUUUACAUAUAAGCUUAUCAAAAAUACCAGAGAGAAGCCAAAUGUAUGUUUCCACAGAUGUUACCUUUUAGAGUGGGCCUUUCUAAUUGAGAAGAUCUGAAGACUGCUGGCUAGGGCAUGACUUGGCUAUGAAGGCCGUAACGGAUUAUUAUUUUUGUCCUCUUUACGUAUUAUACAAUCUGUGCCUUAAACACUCGGUGGUUUUUUGAUAGAAGCUUUGAAUUUUAGCUUUUAAUGUAGAGUAUGGGUAUAUGUCUUAAAUCUGCCCAAUGCCUCAAUCUCAGUCUGCAUUGGAAUUGAACAUGAGCAUGCUUGAAAAAGCAGUACGCACUGGUGGUCCAUAUAAACUGUAAAGAAGAACAUAAAGUUUGCAUGCAUGUUGCUGUAUAUUAAUGACUGUCAAUUGUUUCUCUAAGGAUUUACUUCUGUUUUUCUCAUUAGGAUGAAAGUUCUGGCAGUGUUGCAUCAGUAUCUACACUCAAUCUAUUAAACACAGGGGUAUGAAAUUUAAUAUUUUUCUAUCACCUUAUAUGCCAUGCAUGGGAUCUUUUUAGCAAUCAUUGAAUUAGAUGGCAUAUCACAUAAUUGUAGCAUGAGUUAACAGUACUAACUCAUCAAGUCACUGAAUACCAUUAUUGAAAAGCAAGUUUUACUCAUUUCCCUUGUUCACAGUUUGCAAAUUUGAUAUGAUUUUCUUUGUUUUGUUUCUUUCAUUUGAAAAUGUAUCCAGAUUAAUUGUUGCAGUUGAAUGAAAUAUUCAUUCUUGUUCACUUAGCAUGUGGCUUUCAGCAAUUUUUAAGCAAUAGUCUACAAAUGUUUUCAGCAACUUCACUGACGUCUGGCUGUAUAGUGAAAUUAAAUAAUUGCAACAGUUUCCAAUGUUAAAGGUCGCCAUUCCAAGUGGACUGGUGAAGGGAAAAUAUGCCAGAGUUGAGCUUGGCAAAGUCUGAAGCUAUAUUAUAGCGCAAGGAGAACUUCCUUAAAAGCAAAGGACUCUGUUUUUUUUCCUUGACUAGCUUACUCAUAGUAAGCUCUUAUCCAUGGAGCAAUACCAUUGUAUUAAGACCAACUAUUGCUCUCUGUUCUGCCACUAUUAUCUAUGAGCAACAAGCCUUGGUGCUUUUCUAGAUAACUGAUUAAAUAAUGAAUACGCCAUCUAAAUUGGGGUGCGAUCAACUUAAAAAAUGUGUACCCCUCCGUUCUCUUGUUCACUCAAAACUCAGGGUGGCUGUAGAUCACUGCUUAUUAACAUGUUAAACUAAAUUCUCUUAGUAUCUUGAACCUUAAUCCCAGCCCAGUCUAAAGUAGUAUGUAUUUGAAAAGCCGAUUUUCAGGCCGUCUUGACUAAUGAGUCAUUUAGACGUUAUUUCCUCUUUCAACCAUUUAAUCCCCUAGUUUCUAACUAUUCAUUUGUUUAGUAGCUUUGGAUAGGGAACAGCCUGCAGUAAGAAUAUUGGCAUUUGAAUGGGGUCAUGUCGGAUAGGAGUCCUAUUUUCUCCUCUUCGUCAAAUACACUACUAGAUCAAAGUGUCAGGAUCCCCAUCUGUUAGUAACAUAAUUGGACACAUGCUGAGAGAAUAAAAGAAUAUUUUGGCAGAUGUAAGAGAGCUCAGAUUGUUGGAGCUAGUCCCUUUCCUCCCUUUUCUUCCUGUUUAUCUUGGUUAUGUUAAGCAUGCUUUUCUGCCUUUAAAAUAUUUGAGUGCCUUUCUUUGAAUUAUUAUUAUUAUUUGCUUGUUAAGGCCUUAAAGGUUAAAAAAGCGCAAAUGUUAACCCUAAAAAAAUGGAACACCCUUUCCCCCUCCUCUGUGUGUUUUGUUGCUGUGGGGAUGGGGGUGGAGUGGGAGGAAGGAUGGCAUUGAGUUGCAGUGCCUUGUGAAUCCUGACACUUGAAUCUAUUGGAACUUGAUCAUCAGUAGCACUGAAAUGAUAUUGUUUUCUUUAGAGAGAGUGGAAAUGCUGAUAGGCUGACUCUGCUUCCUCAUCUUUCAUUCUCUCCAAUUUCCCUUUCUUGGGGUAAUUGUAUGUCUGUUGCCAUAUCUACUGCCAUUCACACUCUGCUUUUUCAAAUUCCUUUAAACCUAUUUAUAAGGCUUGCUUUUUAAUAUCUUCUGAGUUGCCUUUGCUAUAAUGUAUCAGCAACUCCUCUCUCUGAUGCAAAUUCCUGAACUUAAAAAGGUGCACCUCUAUACACUGGCUUUUGACACUUGAUGUAUUUUUAGGACCCAGGUUAUUCUGUAAUUUUAAGUUGUUUUAAACUAUUUUUAAACAUUGUGCUUUUAUUAUUGUAACCCACCUUGGAACAACAACAACAAGCUAACCCUUAGGUUUGGAGUUCUUAUUUGUUAGUGACAAGGUAGACUUGUCAAGAACAAUGAAGCACUUGGGUUUCAGUUUGAUGAAUAUAACAUGUAGUGGAUUCUGCACUUCAUUUGAACACAGUCUUUGUUUCAUAUCCCAGAGAAUGAUGCUACUUACAGCAAGGGGGGGAAGUGAGUGACAUGGUGCCCCACCAGAGAUUGUCUAAAAUACACUUUCAUAACACUGUGACAAACUGAACAUUUGGAGCAGCAUCACACAUUAUGCAGUGAUUACCCUGUUACACUAGUGUUUCUCCCUGGAAACAUAACGUGUGAAUGAUAUGCUUUAAGCCGAUGCAUUACAUAUUUUUUGGAGCUGUCAUAAUAGUCUGAUAUGGUUAAUAACUGGUGCACUCCAGAUAUGUUGGGCCACAACUCCCAUCAGUUCCCACCAGCAUGACCCAAGUCAGGAAUGAUGGAACUAUUAUAGUCCAAGUAUCUAGAGGCCACCAGGUUGGGAAAAGCUCCCCUAAGGGAGGCAUAAGGUAGGAAUAGUCAGUUUCUUGCCAUGCAUGGUUAUCUUCAUAAGAAACACUGAAUUUCAUCUCUCUGAUAUUCCUUCCAUACCUCACAUUAUGUCAAAUAAGGUUUGUCAAUUGGCAAUCCAGAAACUCAAUGUUAGGAACAUACAGUAGUUAUUUUAUUUUAUUUUUACUUUUAGUCCAUGCACAUAAAGCAGCCUCUUGAAAUGAUUGCUACGCAGGCAGUUGAGGUUCAUGAACAUAUUUGAUAUCUCCUUGGCUGGUGUUUAUAGCCAAGAACAAGUCACAAGGCAACAGUGUUAACUUUAAUUUUACACAGUCAGAAAUACACACAAUUGCUCAAAUGGCAAAGCAUUCAAACAAGCUUGCUUUCAGUUUGUCACAUCACAAAAUAAACAAGGAGUUAAGUGUUCAGAGUCUUGCAUCCCUUCCUUGCCCUUUAUGCAUUCAGUACUGACACAAGGAAACUCGUGUUCAAAAUGGCAUUCUUAAUUGAUUUUCUAUCUUACAGACAGUAGCAAUUGUCAAGAAAUUGCUGUGUGCAGGAGGUACCUGUCUCAGCUAGCCUAUCUAAAAGUGCUUUAGCAAAGGCUGAGUGUAGCUGGUGUUUGCACAGAAACUGGUAUUGGGUCCAGAAUUCAGUAGCCUGAUAAUUUCUAGUCUUUGUGGCUGGGAAGAUAAACUUGGAAAUAUUGUGGGUAGUGCCCGGUAAAAAUUAAAACAACAACAAACAAAACAGAUGAGGCAGGGUAGGGUUUCUAGGGCAGGGCUUCUAAUGGUCACAGGGUGAAGCUUUAUUGUACUGAAGAGUUUCCUGCUACUAUCUACGAUUAGCAGACAUUUAAGCAGAGUGAGCAAACAGAAUUUAUGCAGGGUGCAGAUCUUGCAUUAUCUUGGCACAAACCUUUUACCAGCAUAAAGUAUACACAGCCCUAACUGUGACUAAUCAGCCUGGCAAGCAUCUAUACUUUUAUGUGUUCACUGGCACAACAUUUAUCUUUUUUUGCACUCCAUUGCAUAACUUAUAAAAAUGUAUUUAUUGCUUCUAACAUUCUCUGAAUAGAUGCUUUUCCCAGCCUCUUAAUUUGACCUUCUGAAAACGUCCAAAGGUCAGUUACCUUUCCCAUGUCUGGAGGAUAGUAGGUCCCAUUAAUGGGUCUGUUGAAGUCUUCUAGCCAUUGUAGUUGUGAAGACAAGCUUGGAAAUAUUACGGGUAGUGGCUGGUAAGGCCAGCCAUGUUUGGCAGAAUUGAAUCUUGCUGAUUCUAGUGAGUCAUUUCAUCCCCAAUAAUUGAGAUUAGGAUAUCUGCUACAUCUGAAAUAUGUAAAUUAUAUUUCUGAAUAUUUAUGUUCGGCUGAAAAAUCAUCUGUGCAGUUGCCAUAAAUGUAUUUAACGUAGUGCCAAAAACAUGGUAAUGUAAAUGGUGUGGCCUUUUCAUUUAUGUUGUAGCUGUCCCAGCAGCAUUCUCUAAAGCAAUAAUAAUGCUGUGGGUUGAUGCCAAAUAAGUGCUGCAAUCUGUACAACCCUGUCGCUGCAUCAGGCAGGGAACCCCUCUUUUAGCUGUCUGACCAAACCAUAACUGAUGAAUUUGAUGCCACAGUAACUUGCCAUGGUUGGAUGCUUUAAAUGAAGUGGUAUUCUUGUUCUCCAGCCAACAUGCUUGCAAAAGCGAAGCCACAAGCCUCCUGUGCCUUGCUCCGAUUCUGAAUGCUAGCAAACGGUGUCCAAAAUAGCCAAACUCCUUUUAAAAGGUGGCACCAAACUUUUAUUAUGUUAUGAAAACUCAUCCUCUGUUAGGCCCUCAUAUAGUAUUGAUAUUUUGGCAGAAGGGAUUUCUGAAUAGUUGAGGGGUUUGGGGGGGUUGGUUGGUUUUUUUUGUUUGUUUGUUUUUUACAUUUUAGGUGUACCAAAUUAAUUAAGGAGCUUUAUCUGGUUGGCCACAGUCAGAACAGGAUGCUGGACUUAAUGACCUUUGGUCUGAUCCAGGAGGGCUCUUAGGUUCUAGCCAUGCAUUUUAAAGGCGAAGAUAAAGUUUUCAUGAGAAAAUUAGUGUGCUUGCUUUGUACUUCUUGGUGCAUAUAUUUUUUACCUCUGUAGCUGCUGCAAAUCCAGUUAUUUAGAACAGCAUAUUUUUUCAGUUCAACUGAUUUGUUGCUUUUUAUGUUUUGAAAUGGGCUAGGUCUGUGGAAUUUAGCAGUGUAUUUGAGAUAUUUUUAAUGGGGGGGGGGGAUUUGAUUCAGUAUGUAGCAGUAUUUUGCCCUGAUCUCCUUUAUACUAAAGAGUGGCCAAACCUCUAGUGUAGUCGUUACUGCAAAACCACUGUGGGUACAGUUCUUUGAUACAAACCUUUUAGAUUGUGGUUUGGCCACAAUUAAUGUUUCACCUCAAUUUUUAAUACAAUCAGCAAGAAUGUGUGUUGGUGAGGAAGAAACAUAUGCUUUAUAAUUAUUUUCUGUAUAAUUAUUUUCUGUAUAAUCAACCUAAGUUGAUCAACAUUUUUAUCUGAUAGCAGGGUGGUGGUAUACAUUCAGAUUACCAUACUACUGACAACUGAGAUAGUAAAGACAGUGGCUUCGUCAGACAUGGUUUAUCAUUACAGGAAUGAGCCCAUAGUAAGCCAGGUGCUUGUAGACUUUCCUGUCCCCCUUCUGUCCUUCCUGUGUGAUUGGGAAGAGCAUUUCAAAUGCACUUACUUCUGUUUUACACUAAUCACAGUUAAGUGUUAUGUCUAAACCAGGACAAACUUAACUAUGGUUAGUUGAAACUUGUGAACUUCAAACCAUAACGGUAAACCGUAGUUUAGCACUAGGUUACAUCAGAAUGGGACCAGAAACUUUCAAUAAGUAGCAGAUUAUUUCUCUUGUCUUGCUUCCUCCUUUUAUAUGGAUUUUCCACACGCUGUAAUUUGCAGAACAUUUACUCUUUCAGCUUGUGUUGGUUACAACACGAUUACUAGAUGCAGCGCCUUUUGCUCUGUCCUGAGUCUCAAGCUGAUACUGUGCAUGGCUGCUAGCAAUAUUCAUCUGACUCUGAAGUUGUCGUUACCUAGGCGACUCGUAGCUUCAUUGAUGGAAGCUUAAACUGUUGCCAUUUAUCCCAUCUGUGGAUCAACUAAAAUUAUAUCAUUCAAUCUUGUUUAGGAGUAUGAAGCACGAACAGGAAAAACAUGUAAACCUGUACCCCAAGCGACAAGACGUAGACACUUUGAAUUUGAGCCACUUUCAACUACUGCUCUUAUUUUGGAGGAUCGACCAUCGUAAGUCGCUACGAGUUCUUUUGAAAGCAGAGUAUCAGUUUCAUGUCAAAGCAGGUUGUUAUGACCAAAGUUAUGCCUGGAAGGAUUUGCCUCCCUCCUCCUGAAGAUCAUAUCAAAAUUUAAUGUUGGUUUUUGUGGUGCACAGAAAUGUUCAUUCAGGUAGCCCUUCAGAUACCCUUGCCCUAAGUUGUAAAUGACUUCCUAGAUCCAUCUCAGCAACUUGAAUUAUGUCCGGAAACAAACGAUGAAGGUUUGUACUAUAAAUAUUGUAUAAUGUGGGUCAGUCUUACCUUUUCCCUUAUUUAUAGUCUGCCUGCCUCCUGAGAUAUUGGGCAUAAAUCUUUGCUUCAGUAAGGUAAUUAUGGUAUCUUGCACGGCUCAGACGGGAAGGUCCUAUUGGGAGUAAGCAGAGUGGAAUAAUUUAUUCCCUUGUAUAGGAAAUGAAACAAAACAAAACUUUUUAAUUUGAUUCAUUUAGCCUUACCUUUGCUUAUGUUUUCCCCCCAGGAACCUUCCUGCAAAAUCUGUAGAAGAGGCUUUACGUCACAGACAAGAAUAUGAUGAAAUGGUGGCAGAAGCAAAAAAGAGAGGUAUGGCUAGUCUUACUGUUCAUAAUGCUAUUUUCUAAAAACGAAAAUGUGGGAAUAUAAAAAAUAGAAUGCAAAUUAUCCUGGACUAAAAGAAAACUCUUCUUUCUUUCUUUUAACACAGAGGUACAGUCUUAAAAUGAAGUUAAUUUGUCCUUCAAAGUAUGGCUGCAAUUUUAACACUUUAGCACACUCUGUGUGGAACUGAAACUUUCACAUUUGUUUCAUUCAUUGCUUUGUACUUGGGAUUCUGAAGACAGAUAUUCAAUAAUGCUUUUUGAGUGUACGCACACAGCACGCACAGCUAGAUAUUUCUCUCUAACACACACAACACAUCUAUUUCACUGUUACACUCACCUCUGCAGCUUAACAUGGCAGAAAAAGCCAAAGCAGUAGCCUGGUAGCUUGUGUUCCGCUGGAGAGAGUCACAGUUUAGAUAUGUGCCAUUUGUGUAUGUUACGCUGUUGAACUGGUAUACAAUGCAGUUAGUGUAUAUGGAAAUGCAGGUGAUCACUGCCUUUUCAACUUCAGCAGCCUUCAGCAGAUGGCGUUUAGUGGAUUCUAUCCUCAGCCUAAAACCUGUUGUCACCCUGCACCAAGACUGUGUGCAAGUUAAAAGACUUUAGGCCUUGACCUUACAAAGGAUACAUUUGCUUAUCUACCCCUCGGAGCUUGUGCCAGUGUUGAAACCAUAACGCUGUGCGUGUUUAUUAAUGUUUGUGCAUAACUUUCUUACACCCUUGCAAGUGCUUACCCAUGAUAGCAAUAGAUUAGCACUCCAGCGUCAAUUAAAAUAUUUUCUCAAAGGCAACUUGCUUCUUAUGUUGGCUGGUCAGUGCCGUCAGCAAUUUGUUUUAACAGCCUGUCAAAUAGAAUUGCUUUUUUUCUUACAUAAAUUGGACCCUUUACGUAAGGGAAAGUACGCAGGUGACAUGUAGGUUGUACAGUGUGGUAUACACACUUUUUACAUAAAACCUGCAGAACUCAUGACCUACCUUGCCAAAUACAACCCACCAGCCUUGUAUUGUGGUGGGUACUUGGAAGACCUACCCCUCCUAUUCUCCCUCCUAUUCUCCCUGUCCCAAGCAGGCAGUAGCACCACAAGGGUUUCAGUGAACCCCUCUGGCUUAAUUGGGUUUGGGGUGAGAAAUUAUAGAGGUCACUCAUGUCUGUGUACAAAAACCAGUAAUAUUUGAAACAGUCCUGAAAGCAAGGCAGAUUUCCAUGAGCUUCCUGCAUUGCACAGGGUUGAACUAGAUGACCCUUGGGAUCUCUUCCAACUCUACAAUUCACUAAAUAACACAAAUUCUAACGUGAUAAAGGAAAAUACAGGAUUGGAGACUGAAACAACUGACUUGCUGUUGUGUUUCAUCUUUGCCUCUCUAUACUGAUGGUAUCUGAGAAGGUGGAUUUUUUUUGGGGGGGGGGGUAAAUGUUGGAGUUGGAAAUGUAAUCUCUUACUUAAAAAAUGAUAAUCUUUGUUACUCCAGUCAUUCUGCUUGGAAUCAGUAAUAUUGCUUCUGCUCCAAACUGCUGGCUCUCUCUAAUUUCCCUUAGAAUUCACAUUACUCUCCCAGCUUUCUGAGAUUUAAUUAGUCAUCCAAUAACAUCUGUCCUAACUUGGCUUGCAAUGGUUCAUGCAACAAGUGGUUUCUUACAAAGUUCCUCUAGAACACCUUAUUCAAACAUUAUUUGAGAUGUUGGUUAGUCAGUGUGCAGCCCUACUUCUUCUUACUAGAUACACACAAUUGCAGACAUCCACUGUGUCUUGCAAACUUGGAAGAGGAAAUGGGGAAAUAGACAGUAUUGGGAGAUUCAUAUUUCUGUCGAGAGCUAAUCUCAACAGCGCUGAUAUGCAAGAAAUUUGGCAGUUGACUUAAUCUGGAGAAUGUAACCCCCAGAACAUUUUCUAUCUUGAUACAGUUUUGAAAUGUUGAUUUUAAAAUUAAAAUUAAAAUUAAAAAUAUUCUGGAUUUAAUAGAAAUUAAGGAUGCACAUAGAAGGAAGAAAAUAAUGAAAGAACGCUUCAAGCAAGAGGAGAACAUCGCUAGCGCUAUGGUGAUUUGGGUCAAUGAAAUACUGCCUAAUUGGGAGACUAUGUAAGUAUAGAUGACUUUGUAACAUCAGGAGCCUUUUUACUGAUGCUUGUUAGCUGCUAUGGAAGCCCUUUUGACUGAAGAGCAGGAUGAAAAAGCAUUAAAUAUAAGCUUCACAGGCUUUUAUAUCCCUCAAAAGCCUUGAAUGUUUUUCUUUCUGUUCUCAAACAUGUAUUUGGGCUCAUGAUAGUCUAGAAUUACUUUUUCUAUUCAGUAAUCUCUUUAAUAAAUUGUUGUCAUUAGCAGUUUGUCUAAAUGCUCACCCUGUGCGAAGUUGCAGUCUUCCAGGGCCAGGGGGUUUCCCUGGGUGGCAUCUAGGAGAAACCAUAAGGCACUGUUGGCUUAAAUGGGAUAAAGCUGUGUCAAUAGCCCUCUCAGGUGAUCUGGCUUCCAUAAGGGAAAACACUUGACUUUCCACUGUAUGGAGCCAAAGCUUGCUGAUGUUCUUUGCUUCUGGGGCAACCUGGAAAUGCCAGGAAUGGCAGCUAAAUUACCUGUACUUCUUUUUUUAGGCGUUCUACAAGGAGAGUUCGAGAAUUGUGGUGGCAAGGGUUGCCUCCAAGCGUUCGUGGGAAAGUGUGGAGUCUUGCUGUAGGAAAUGAACUGAAUAUUACUCCUGGUAUGUGUUCUAAACAUGCAAGCUCUUAUCUCAGUAGGAUGGCGGUCUCAAGAAAUAACCCAACAUUUCUUCCACUGAGUUUGUAAUAGCUUUUAUUGAUACAGAAAGAAGUUGCUUUUAGAAGAGAUUAAUUUAUGCCACAGAAGUUCAAAAAUGUAUCUAUUUUGCUUCACCCAGGAGAGGUAAACUGGCACAGUCUCCCAAUACCAGUUUUAAAUUGAAGCCAUUUAAAGAUGAUAAUGAAAGGGACAACUUUUUCUAGCUGUCAAAUACUUUUCAAAAAGCUAGAGCUUGUUAAUGGUUUUGUUGGGUGGGGGAGGAGACAGCCUUUAAAUAAUGGGACUUGACUAAAUAUUUUAGUUCAAGAGACUGCUUUUAAUAUGCAAGAAGACUCACUCUUUUUAGGAAGAGAUCACUUGGUUAGUAGAUUUUAGCAUGUUUCAGUUUCAUCUCUUUCAAGAAAGAUCAGUAUAGCUGGUUUAAGAACUGGAACAACGUAAAGAUUCUAACAGUUCACAAAUCUUUGUAUGGAGCAUGCCUAGAUCUCUAUGUACUUGUUUGGACAAUCACGUCUUGGAUUAAUACCCAGAUACACGAAGGAGCAUUUUAGCUGAGCAUGAAGCCCUUUUACAUGAGUUUCCAUUAACAAUUGUUUCCUGGUUAAUCUUAACUAGGAAUAUAUGUUCAACAGUUCUGGAAUAUGAAGCCAUGGUUUGAAGUUGGUUAAAUUUUGUUAAUGGAGUACCUAGUGGUUUGUUUGUGUGUGCAACGGGGGAUAUACAAGCAGCCAAAAGGCUUGUUCAUGUCUCAAGUUAAAGCUAAAUUCAGGGAAGCUGUCCCGAGUCAGUGGCUGGAUAUUACACAGUAUGAUUUCCCUCCCUGGUUUUUAUAACUAAAAUGCAUAUAAUAAAAAACAGGAUUACUGUGAAAAUUGUAUAGUUCUUAUCUGUAAAUUUGCCCUUUGGCUCCAUUUUGCUGUCUGUUUUGCAGAACUCUAUGAAAUCUUCUUAUCUAGAGCCAAGGAACGAUGGAAGAGUUUUGGGGAGAUGGGUGCUGAGAAUGAUGCAGAAGGUAGGUUACAACGAUACCCAUUACUGCUUUUACAUUCUUCUAAAUAGAAUGCACAUGAUUAGCCAAAUGACACAUUCAGAAAUAUAGCACAGGCUUUUUGGGACUAGAUCAUUCAUUGUAGGAUCAAACGUUUGAUACUUGCACAUAGAAAGCUAACGUUAUCAUCAGCUAACAUCUACAGUUUGAUGUGGUAUAGUUCUGAGCAAGUUGAAUCCCAAACAGAUUUCUGAAUUUGUUCAUCUCUUUGUUUGGAGAUUCAAACACAGUAGCAGAUACCUUAAAAUUGUCUGCUUGUUGAAAUGAGGGUUUCCUUCAGAGAAUAUUAUACUGUUAUGAUCCAGUGGAUUUGCCAUAAAUACUGAAGCUGGAAGAGCUUAAUAAAAGUAGGUUUUGUAGGGAGGAUACCAAUUUAUCAAACAGAACUGGCAAUAUCAGUUCAGAGUAAGUCUGGUCAUUUGUGAUCCAACCUUAUGAGCAGUACAAAAUUAGAGGGGUGAGGGAGAAGCCCUUUUCCAAUAUAAACGUAUGACAUGAUGAUAUCUUAGCAUGCUUGCUUGGGAAGUACAGUAUGUCUCUAAAGAGGUCUGAAACCUGAUUUCAUGUUUGGGGAAUAAGCCCUUCAGGAACAAUAGAUGGAUGAGGGAAUAUAGUGUUGUGCUGAAGAGUCUCUUUGCUCUAUGGGCCCCAGCUCUUUGUGCUGGAGAGCAGGCUGCUGUCAGCCUGGAAGAGCUGGCCUAGAAACUACCAUGCUUUCAGAAUAAACAGGAGCACAAACUGGGUAACUUAGGUCUUUGGCUUGAAUAGUGGAACACUCCAUAAGGAGUGGAAAACAACUGAGACUUCAGGAUGUAACCCUGAAAAGGGGAGUUUUAAAAUAAAUGAUGAUAAUGCCCAAAUCACAAGUCAAGUGCUGAAGGCUACUGAGAAAGGAUGGAGAAAGAAUAGGACAAGUGGCCACAAGCCCAAAUUGCACAACUGUGUUCUAGUUGAAGGGAGAAGGUAGAGGCAGAGCAAGGAUUAGAGAGAGAGGAAGAAGAAGCAAGCAAAAAAACCAGGCAGAAAGGGAGGAAGAGAAUUAAUGAAAGUGAGGUUUUUUCCCUAUCACAGAAGAAGGACUGGUAAGAAGGAUCCUUGGUGGAGUAAAGUAAAAAUACAGGACACAGUAGAGCUUUUACUGCGCAGUAAAGCUUUUACUAACCCAGAAUGAGUUGGGCACUGUGUCUGCUUGCAGGGCUGCUCUCAGGAGAUAUCCUUUCCCCAGAAUUCUAAAAACAAUUAGUUUUGUAAAAUUGAAACAGGAAGUCUGUUGAAAGGUGUUUUCCAGAGGAACAAAAAGGGUGGAUAUGCUUUGGCUGUUUUGUGAAACAGGGAAUGAAUGGUGUGGUUCCAUUGUGUCAAAAGGGCAUGGGGAUCUUUGUAUUGCCAGUUUAAUGAGUAGCAGGGUAUUGUCCAAAUUUAAAUUAGGAUGCAGUUGCUUUUGACUCGGCAAGUCCAAGAAGUCUGUAGCUCCUGGACAUUUAGGGUUAGGAACUCUCUUUCCCAGGUCAAGAGAGAGUAGUGCACAGUCCAGAUAGUCUGACAUCCUUGUCCUGGGUUGCCGAGCCCUUGCCAACUAUAGGAUGGAAAUUCUGAGACAAAAUGGAGGUGAGGGGACAAAAUGGGAGGACUGUGGCAACACAUCUGUGCCUGCUUGAGUUAAACCAUUUUUUAAAUCACCUCUUAAAACCCUUUUUUAUUUUUGCAGUGGUAUACCAAACACGACUCAUAGGUUAAAAUGAUAGUUGAAUGAAAUAGUUGUUCUCUACACCUUUUCCUGCUUUCUGUAAAUUAAGUUAGUAAUUUCUUAAUUUCUGAUUGGAAGUAAUAGUCAGACUACGUAGAAGAUGGCCAUAGUCUUACGUUACUGUAUAAAUAACUCUACAGACAUAUACAUAUAUAAAAAUCUGCAUGCUUUAAUCUCUGUAGAUGCUGGAGUAUCAGUUGCUGAUCGGGAGGCUAGUUUGGAGCUAAUAAAAUUGGAUAUAUCGCGCACAUUUCCAUCCCUCUAUAUUUUUCAGAAGGUAAAAUGUUUUUGACUUUCUUCAGAUACAAACAUGUUAAACAUUUUCCCCGCUGUGGCUGAUUUUCUUUAAAAAAAAUAAAAAUCUGUCAAUGAAAGGUUGUUUUUUAAAAAAAUGGAAUUUUCUGCCAUGGAUUCAUGCAGCUGAAGAAUUCCAUGCUACAUUAAUAGUAGUGUGACUCAAAAAUAAUUUGAAAAGGCACUUGUGUAUCAGGUAUUAACUCUAUAACUUCAUCUUCUUGGCAUGGUACUUAGAGGGAGUGUUUUAUCUGACCAGGUUAGCAAAUGUUCUGUCUAUGCAUCUGUUUCCCUGCAGUCGAAUAGUUAGAUCUUUGACUUGCUUUACAUGCUUGCAAGGGUGGAGUGUGGGAGGGAACAAAGCAGCUAUAGCAAGCAAGCUAAAAUUCAUUUUCCAGGCUGGCGAGUGCUGGGGUUUGGGGAGAGGUUGAUUGAUGUGUCCAACUAAAGCAAUAGAAUGUAAAAGCAGCUUGCAAACCUUGUUGCCUUCAUUCACUGAGCAAACAUAGCAGGUCUUACGGGACUUAAGCCAUUGUUUCUGGGGGGUGGGGCAUAACUGCAAACAAAAGAUCACCUGGUCAGCUAGACUUUAUGCUUGCUCACCACUGCCAACUGGGAAGGUAAGCCAGUUCCACGGCUGUUCAAAUAACAAUAUUCUGGCAGAAGUACAAGCGUACAAAUCUGCAAGUGUUAAGUGUUUGGCUUUUUAAAAACAUGAAAAAAUGGCAUCUUACUAUACUUACAAAACAGAUUUCAGAGAACUGUUUGAUAGUAUAUAAAAUAACUAAACGAAUGGUGUAGUAUAAGGGAAAAAGUAUACUCACCCGCCUCCCUUUUCGAAUAUAUGUCAGACCUCUGCAUAUGUUUUAAUAGAAAAACGAUAGUGCCUGCCCCUUUUAACAUUUGUGGACUUGGAAUUUUGGUAUUGGCAUUCCAGUCUAUAAUGCCAUGUAAGAAGAAGCCCCUAUACAAAGUUGUUUAUAUAGUUCCAUCUCUGUGUAUGCUGUUACAGUGUAACAAGCAAAAUAGCAGGUCCCUUGACCCAAAGAAGCUUUUAAUCCCCAGAGUUAAAAUAGGAUCUGUUUACUCAAGAGACUUGAGUGGUCUUCCUCUUUUGUUCCUGGUGAAACCGAAAGUGCAUUCCAACUAGACAGAAUAAAAAAAAACCCAGAGAGCUGUCUAUUGCAGAGUUAGUUUGCCUUGCUCAAGCCUCACCUGAAACUUUGUGUCUAGAUAGUUUCCCUUCUUUAUUUGCUUAGCCAAUUCGCAUUCCUAAAUGAACAGCCUGCAAACCCGAAAGUUAAUUUUCAGCUCCGAUAUGAGUUACUAAAUGAUGAAAUAACAAAUGUUCAGGUGUGAGGCUUUCUGUUUUGUUUAGUUAACCUCACCCCUGCUGCUACUAAAUUGCAAAAAAGUUUCUGUAAUUUUCAUUUAUAUGAUAACCUAAUGCAGCGUCGCCAACCUUUCUGAGCUGCAGUGGCUGCUGUCGGGGGUUUGACAUAAUGGCUGCCACAUUUAAAAGCGCAGAAGAAAGGACAGGCCCUCAAUGUGGUGCUGUCAUGCCCCCCUCAUCAGCCGCCUCAUGGGGGGUGUGUGUGCAAAUAUCAACCACUGCUGCAGUUGCUUACGAGAAGCUAUUUGUAUCUCUAUUCAGAACGGAUGAGAGGGUAUGUGUCAAAUCCUGGCAUCCAGGGAAAUGUAGACAUGUUUAAGGGAGUGUGUUCAGUUUAGGGGAAGCUGAGUCAGUGCAAGCAGGAGCUGAGCUGGAAGAGCAAACAGUGUCUCAUGGAUAUUUGAGUGGAUAGUUACUGAGACACGUUGUGAGUACUGUAGGAGGUACAGGUGGGCACACUGUAUCAGUGGGCAACAUGUUGGUGACCUCUGACCUAAUGUCUCCACUAAAAAAGGAGGAGGAGGAGGAGGAGGAGGAGGAGGAGGAGGAAACUAUUAACAACCAAGAAUCUGUCUGAAAUUACUUUUUCACAAUCUGGGACAGGGUGAUAGUGGUGGAAGAAAAUACACAAUUCGUUGUAUGCAAGGCUUUCUCCGCAUCUAAAAAUGCUUGCUGGAUCACAAGUGUUGUGAAUUCAGAGUUACAUUUUGUCAGCACUGAAAUAGCUCUUGGCAGUACGUAUAGUCCAGAGAACAUUAGGAGAAAACAAUGCACUUUGUCUGUACAGUUUGCAACUGGGAUACUAAUAACCAAGUUCACGCUCUGGGGUGACUGCCAGCGUUCCUAAGUGUUGACAUUCUCUAGCUCACUGUCCCUUGUUUGCUUGGAGGUAGUACAAUAGAAUGGAGAAAGUGUGCACUCGCUUGCACAUGUGUUCAUAGGUAAUGGGUGGAGGGUUUUUUUUAGUCUUUUGGAGCUGUUACAGUUCCAUGCAGUCAGGAACAAAUGGACUUGUAGGAAAUUCAGUGCUGCUGUCACACAUAUAUAGCCAAGCUUCUGGGCAUGCCUAACUUUUUAUAGAUUGAAUAUAUUGUGACCCAGUGGAAAUAGUAUUCUGAAUUCAAAAUAAAGCUAGAAAAACAAAAUAAAUGUUAACAUAUACGUUUAUUUUUUCCAUUGUUUUCACUUCAGGGUGGCCCUUAUCAUGAUCUUUUGCACAGUGUCCUGGGAGCAUAUACAUGUUACAGACCAGAUGUAGGAUAUGUAAGUAUCCUUACAACAUUGCCGUUCUUCACAUUGUAAUGAUGUUUCAUACAAAUAUUAGCUUGACGUUUAAAGGAAUAGUUUUUGCUGAGUAAACUAUCUCAAUAUAGCUUGCCUGUGUAGCACCAGUAGAAGAGGUUGGUCUGUCUCUCAUAUUUGUGCGCGUGCGCACACACACAUACACACAUAUACACAUAUACAUAUAAUGUCUCCAUAGAUACUGCAAAACACAUACGAUAGUUUUUUUAAUACAUACAUACAUACAUACAUAACUUCUUUUUGACUCCCUACCCCUCCUUUCCUGGUGUUUAUUUUAUUACUUCUUUUUAUUAGCUGUUUUAAAACACAUAUGUUUUUAUUAUCUAAACCCGAUACCAUUAAUUAUUUUAAUAAUCCAUUGCUUAUAUUUCAAAUCCUGCCCGCAACUUCAUCUAUGGGUGAUAGUUUUAUAGAUAAUCCAAUUGCUCUGUUGCAUUUAGAGGAGUGGUGGGAUACCACCAGCCAAUGAGCCUAAUUGGAUCUGGCAGGGGUCCUACUCUGGCUCACAGGACCAUGUUCCUCAAUACACGCCCGCCUGCCCCACACCUGACAUCAGAUGUGGUGUCGCAGCGAAGGAACAACUGGGAGCUUGAAGUACACUUCCGGUAUCUCUUUGACAAGGAGGUAUUGUUGAUAGCAUCGCUCAGCUGAUUGGCGCUUUGAAGUUGUAUGUUCACAGUUGUGGUUUAAAUUCAAACUGCAUCAGCAAAGAGAUGUUUUCCAUCUACUGACCAACUGUGUGGACAGCUUUGCUGGUACACAGAGAAUGAAUGUCUGUUUGCAGAUGUGGUUUGGAUUCAAACUGCACCAGCAAAUGGACAAAGCUGAGCUCUCUGCUGGUACCGGUUAGCUGCUUGGUGCUGAUGACAAGCCCCUUUGAUGUUACCUGACAUAGUGAUGUAGCCUGUUGUGGGUGGGGAAGCUAUGAAUCUGUCCUGGAGCUGAAAAUGUUUCCCAGCCCUGGUCUAGAGGUAAUGGCUCAACUGUAGCCUGUAGAGAUGAGUCUGUAAAUCCUGUUGACAUGUGAUUGGGACUUAACUUACUGAUUUAAGUGGGACUUCCCAGUAACUGUGCACCAGAUUCUACUAUAGAUGUUCCUUUCCUAUGCCAUUAGCCCCUAGAAAAGCAAGGGGAGAAAAUCCCUGAAUGUAGAUUAUUCACGUGUUGGCUUUACCACCUUAUAUUUGUUUGGUAACCACCUGCCAAUUCUUCCUACUGAAGCUAUAAAAAAUACAUUAGCAACCUUACCUCAGGAUGCUGUAGAUUCCACCCAUACAUCCAUGAGUGGAAACUUCAAUGAUAGAAGCAGGUCUAAGUUGCCGUAAUCACUUUACUGCCUUGAGCAUUUGCAUGAUAACUCAUUAAGUACUGAAUUUAGCAUUUCUGUAACAAGUUAGCCUGUUUGUUUUUGUUUUUUGUCAAAACUGUAAAUAAAUUUGGUUGCGUUCUAGCCUUUACUAAUACUGUAGCUUACAGAUCCCUACCUUAAUAUAAAAAUGAGACUGUUUACUUAAUGCACUUUCACUGCUUUUGUUUUUUUGAAGGUCCAGGGAAUGUCCUUCAUUGCUGCAGUCCUUAUUCUCAAUCUGGAAGAGGCAGAUGCGUUCAUUGCCUUUGCAAACCUCCUGAACAAGCCAUGCCAAUUGGCCUUUUUCCGUGUGGAUCACAGCAUGGUAUAUAUACAAUUUCCAGUGUCUCGUAACUUACUGUUACUAUUUCACUUGAACCAUUUUGUGACUACUAGAGUCUUUUUAACAGGCAGGAAAUGGGUAUCAGUCUACACCCAGUAGAAUUUCUGCUUUCCUAAAGAACAGUGCUUUGCAUUCAUACUUGCAACUAGCAGGGGUACUUGUGUCUCUGGAAUGAAAUCGGCAACUAUUUCUUUUGUUAAAAUUUACCACCCCUUUUCAGAAUUCUGUUCUUGUAGCUUCCUCUCCUAUAAUUCAUUUUCUGGAAACAAUGGGCUAAUGACUACCCUACAGCCAAUCUCUUGCUUUUGCCAGGAUGGAAAGAUAGCAAUGAAAAAGUGACUAACUCAUUUUUCUGCUGUCUACACUGUAAGUGUAGUUGGCUAAAUUUGUUGCUGGAGAAGUACAGAUACUACAGUUGUCAUAGCAACUGGACUGGAAGUUUUACUAUUUAAAUGAUGUACGCUGCACUUUCUUCACUAAAACCAGCAGAAUAUGUCCUGUAGACAGGGGUAUAGCUUCCUUGAAGGCUUAAUUAGUUAUGGCACCCCAUGCGUUGUCGUCCCCAACCAGACUUUCAUUAGCUUUUUUCUCUUUUUUCUUUACAGAUGCUGAAGUACUUUGCAGCAUUUGAAGUAUUUUUUGAGGAAAACCUCCCCAAAUUGUUUCAUCAUUUUAAAUCCUACAAACUUACCCCUGACAUAUACUUGAUAGACUGGUAAGUUGGAAGAUUGGUUGAAUAGGUUCUGUUUUGCUUUCUGUGUCAAACAGAUAAACUUGCAGCUGAAGUUUGAUAAUACAGAUAAUGGACACUCUGUAGAAAUUUCUCCAUUCUGUGUGGUUGAGGGGGGCGGGGUGAGCAGUUGUCGGGGCAAGUUGGGAACAUAAUUCCCAUCUAGCUGUGAUUGUUGGUGUCUAAACAAACGUACGCUAGUGAAUGUCUGCUCAUGCAAUAUAGCUUUCCCACUCCUCCUUCUCUCUUGCUGCUUCUUGUACCAUGCUCCCUCAGCCAGGAAAAGCCUGGUACGGGAGACUGCAGUGGAUUGGGAGGGAAAAGAUCAGGGAAGAUUUGCAGAGUCAGCUUCUGUGAGUGGGAUACCUAUUGGUGUGUCUUUCCCAAAUCCAAAGUAUUAAUGGACUUCUAAAUAAAAUACCACUGACAGUGGAGGAGCUCAAAGUUCACAGCACAAAAUUGAUGGCAUGUAGUUUGUCCUCAUGUUCCUGAUACUUCUGAUUUCCCAAAAAAAUAAACCCCACCCCCCAGGAUCUUCACCCUGUACAGCAAGUCACUACCCCUUGAUCUGGCCUGUCGCGUCUGGGAUGUCUUUUGUAGAGACGGAGAAGAAUUUUUGUUCAGAACUGGAUUAGGAAUUCUUCGGCUAUAUGAAGAUAUCCUCCUGCAGAUGGACUUCAUUCAUAUAGCACAGUUUCUAACAAAGCUACCUGAAGACAUCACGUCGGAGAAGCUCUUUACUUGUAUUACAUCUAUUCAGAUGCAGAAUAGUAACAAAAAAUGGGCUCAGGUAAGUGUUCAUUUUUAUUAUAAAUAAAUUGGGUCACGUUAACUGUUGAUUUUCUGCCCUCAAAAACACGUUGCCUAGGACAGCUUAGCGAGAAUAAACGCAGUAAACAAUUAAAAUAUAUGAACAUACUUUCUCUCUCUCUCUCUAUAUAUAUAUACACACACACAUAAAACAAUAUUAAACCAUCGGCAGAAAUACAGUAAGCACACAGCUUACAUGGGAGAUAGGCUCUGGGGAUCUGUGUGCAAAGGCAAAAUCACAUAAAAUCAGGAAUGCCCCUGGAACAGGACACCCCCCCAUCCUCUAUCUGUCCAAAGCCGGUGUGCUGAGUAGGCCUUGCCUCCCACGCAAGAUCUCGGGAUCCUUGCAGGGUCUUACCAGAGGCUGGUAAGCAAGGUAGAGGGCUUGAAAAUCUCCCACCUUGCUUAGCAGGUUCUGGGAAGGUCUCAUGAGGGCCCUGGUGUGUUCCUGCAAGAUGUGCUGUGUCUGCAUGGGGAGGCAGUACAACUUGCCUACCUGUCAUUUUCAGGAGGGGGUGGGGCAUGCUGUCAUGAUGAGAGAAACCAUUCAAGGCCCCUGCAGUGUUCUGCUACUUCAUGGGUGGUGUACUGAACUCUUAUUAAAUGGGAAAUACCUUUAGCUACACUUCCUUAAACUCAAAGCAUUUAUAUUUUAACCCCAUGGCGAACUACUACACAGCUACAGUGUGCAGCAAUAUUUCUGUUGUAAAUUCUUGACCCCGCAAUCAUCAUCUAAGGCCCUUCUUUGUGUGCCUCCUGCUCUACAGGAGUCCCAAAAGAGCAGGUGGUGUAAAAUGAACAGUGUAUCUUUCCAUAUUAAACCCUAAAUGGAAAAUUAGCUGUGUUGUUUUAAAUUGUGGAUAACCCUUGUUGACUGGAGAGCAGAAAGAAGGGCUUCAUGUGAUUCUAAGGCAGACCAUUUUCAAGAGUCAUGGUGCUUUUUCGUUCCCUAUUUUCUAUUAAUUACUUGGGGAUUGAUACUUUGUAUAUUGGGUUACUCGGGGGGAAAGAGAUGGAGUGGGAAUGAAAUAAUCUUCAGUGAUUAUGAUGGAUGCAAAGAACCUGUAAUGAGGAAUCAGUAUUGAUAAAAGUUAAUGAGAGAUUGAAUAGUGUCUGAUUUUUAACACUUACCUAAAAAUCAAUUUGCAGGUGUUUGCAUCAUUAAUGAAGGAUAGCAAAGAAGGAGACAAGAACCAUAGUCCAGCACUAAAAAGUUAAUUUCAAGUUUAUUGGAAAUAAUAAAGAAACCACUUGCUUGUUAAAGGAUUCUAAACAUCUUAUCAAUGAAAACCACUAAGAAGAAACAGCUUGGGAAGACCUAAGGAAGAGACAGUAUUUGACUGAGUACAGUGGUGGAAUUUGAUGAAAUGUUCACCCUGUUGCCAGUAUUAAAGAGCUUUUUGUGGGAGGAGCCCUUUUCACAGGAAGCAAAACAAUAAAAACUUAUGAAACUGAGAAAGUGGCUAAUGCAUAUUUAAUAUUUAAAGUUGAAUGCAAUAAAAAUUUGUAAUAACUUUUGUUGGUACUUUAAAUUUUUAGGGAUACCUUUUUUAUGAUGAUCACAAAGGCACUUUUGGGAGGAAAGCAGGCGUUUAAAAAGUAAGGCCCAAAAACUGCUACCUGAACCAAACAUUUUGGUACAAAUACCUCCAAAAUUAACCAGUGAAAUUCUUAGGACCAAAUAAGUUUUUUUGCUUUGGUAUACAUGCCAGAUAAUAGGAGGCUUUAUAUAUGUCUUGCUAAACUCCUUUUAAACUGCAGCUUCACUCUUCGGUUAAAUGAAUGUACGUAAGGUGGAACAGAGUAUGCUGCGUCAAGUCUUGCCGCAAAGUCAUUGGCAAAAAGUCUUUUGGCCUAAAGAUGGCAGUGGUUAAGAGAACUAUUUUAACUGUGUGCUUGUAUAAGCAGCUGAUGGGUUUCUGGAAUUUUGCUUCCUGAAGUACUUGGUAGGUAGCUUGCUUACAUUACAGAAAAAUUGGAUUCCUAUUCCACGAAAAUCAGAUCAGUUCUUGAUUUAUUUUUUAAAUCAAAGUGACUUAUACUUGAUGAUAAACACUAGUAUAAUUAAUAAGCUAGUGACAAAUGCUUUUGCACAUUUUAAGCAAUGUUAAUGUGAAAGUUUGAGUCCCUGUAUAUUAAAACCUUUCUCACUUAAAUGCAAAAUGGAAUAGUUUUGAAUUGCAGUGUGUACAAUAAUUAAUACCCUAAAUCCAUACUGUCAGUCACAUCUAACAUCAGCACUGUACUGUAAAUGUGAUCUAUGGAAGCUCUUAAACUUCCUUCACACUCCAAAACAUUUUAAAAAUGACAUUUGAACUGGAGGGAGAUGGAAAGGAUACCUCUUAAACUCUGAGCAGCUAAUGCUUGUUCUUUCUAAAUCCAUUUUGAUAGUAUUAAUGUAAAUAAAAAUGCAUUAUGAUUUUUUUUUGUACCUGGUCCCUGUACGUGGAAAUGAAGUGGAAAUUUAUCAUUGCAUUAAAAAAUUGAAAGAAAAGAGAGACUACUUCAGCUGUCAAGUGUUAAAAGAAGUUGCAGAACCGGUUUUAAAGAUUUGGGUUACAGUAUGUUGGAAUAUUUAUGUAUCGUUAUCAGAUUUAAAACUACACUUUAUAUUACUUACAACAUACAAUUUGAAGUUAAAAUGUCUUUCUUUUCUUAUGUAUUUACUUACUUGGUUCCCGUGUAUGUCCUCUGUUUGGGUUCUCUUGUACAGUUUUCUUACUUUUCAAGUAUACACAUGUAUAUAAAUUGUAAAUAGAAGGUAUUUUGCCUUCAUUCAAGACCACUAGUAACUAUUCCUAUGUAAAUAAAACUUGUAAGCAGAAUGAGUGAUGUCUCUUCAUUUAAUUCUCCCGCUCAGAUGCAAAGCUAUAUUGAAAACUUCUGAAUCUUCAGUAGCUUCUACAGAUUUAUAUUUCAGACAUCAUGACCCCAUCUAUAAUGGAAGCUGGGAUUCUAAGGGGUGACAUUUUAAAGUCUACAAAUAGAGUUCUCGGUAAAAGGUUAUGAUUGGUUGAAACUUCACAGGGAAUUACAAUCCUUCUCACAAACAUUAACUCAGUUUGGAACAAGUCUGUGCAAAACUAUUUUUUCUUAAACAGAGUGGCUAAACAGCUGGCCCUGUGCCAGGGAAUGUCUUGGCAAAGAAGCAGAACCCAGAGAAGCAGAGCUCAGACAUAAACCGUAGGGUUUUUUUACCCAUCCCUGUUUCAUAUGCAAAUACCUGUCCCAUUUAGUUCCUAAAUACGGUAGUUUGGUACAAACCUAAGGCAGCUGCCUACAGCACCAAAUGUAAAGUGUAAUUUUUAAAAAUCAGGAUAGAUGUAUAGCAUCAUUACAAAUGAACAGAUUUUUCAAGAUUCCUCACACAGACUAGGAAAGAAUACUGAUUUCUGCGUUUUUUUUAUCCCGUGGUUAUCAGAGUCUGGACGCCUUGACAAGGCAUACAUCGAGAAUGCCGGCACCAUGAUUUGGGGUUCUUGAAUAAGGCAAGCCUCGGUGUGGAAGACAUGGGGUAUGCAAUAAAAGCAUUUUUUCAUAGAUUUUCUAUGAUGUUUUGUGUAAAUGGAGUGGUUCUGUUGAAAGGCCCUUUUGCUGCUGUGGGGGCUACAGCAAAUGCCUUUGGAGCUGGAACUGAGGUCAGGACUCCGAGAGAUAAGUUUUUUGAUAAGUACACCCAUUGCAUGAGUGAGUUGCAUGAGAUGAGCCAGGUCUGAUAGGUGUAAGACCUGUGAAUUAAUUCCAAAGCGGUGUUCUUGUGAAAACUUAGGCCACAGACUCCCCUGAAGCAGGCUGAGGCUUAAAACAGUGAUAGGUACCUGAACAGAACAAUUUAAAGAUUUUUUUUCCAUUUGUUGCCAUCUGCAUUUAGAAACCACCUUUCUGCUAUGUGAUGCUGGGUUGAAGUAAUACGUAAUUGCAUUCUGAAGAAUACUCUGACAUAUCCCUUUCUGGCUAAACCUCCCUUAAAUGUUUAGCAUGUACUUUUUCAGAAUAUUGGCACGGAGAGCUGAGCUGAAUCAAACCCACGUACUUGCUUAUAGCAGUUUUUGCUAGUCUUAGAAAAUGCCAGGCAAGUAAUUUUGCUAUAAUUGUUUUAAAUCUUUAAACUGUUGCUAUAGAAUUUAUACAUGACUCUGCAUAAGAUCCAUGCAAGCGCCUCACCCUCUGCUAUUUUAUAUCCCCUUCCUUCUAUGGGGAAAAAGGAAGCAUUCAAGACCUUUGGUUAAAUGAAAUUUGUGUUUUAAAACUACGGUACAUGUGCAAAUCUUUGGGUUUCUGAUGCCACGCGUGAGAUGUUGUACCGGGGCCAAUCAGGCAAUAGCAGGCAGGCUACAGGUCUGGACAAAUGUAGGUGAACACUAGAUUGGACAGCACUGCUAUCUCCUAAAAUAAACUUUGCUUUGUUCACUGGC